GCUGCCCGUGUCUCCGGAGAGGGAUCGCAGUGCGCAUGCGUGCUGUCCGCGCCAGCCUGUGUCAGCAGAUCGAGGCAGGCUGCGGAGCAGACAGACAGGGACAGGCAGGAUGAUGGUGGCGGUGCUACAGCUGGCGGCGGCAGUGAGCGCCCUGUGCUGGGGCUGGAGCCGGGGCUCGGAUGAUAUCGUGGUGGGCUGCGGGGGGUUUGUCAAGUCGGAGGUGGACAUUAACUACUCCCUGAUCGAGGUGGGUGUCCGUGCCAGGCCCGGGGGGGCCAGCAGCAGGCCGCACGCCCCAUUCAUUCCCUUCCUACACUGCCCUCUGACCCCCAUGCCCUCCAUGCUUUCCAUGUCUUCCAUUACAACCCCUGUCACUGCCUGUCCCUGCCUGCCCCGGCCGUGCUCUGUUAAAUGGGGGUGGACUCAAAAAUACAGCAUUUACCAGUUUGUAGGACUACAACUCCCACAAUGCUCGGCCAGCCACCAAGCUGUCAAAGCAGCAUGGGAGUUGUAGUACUUCACUCUCACCUAAAUGUAUGACAAACCUUGUUUUGUUGAAUCAUUAACUAUACGAUAUGAUAUGAUUCCAUAAGUAUAUGAAUGAAGUGAGCAGCACAAGCAAAUAAAGGAAGUUUGCGGCAAUAAGACAUGCUAUAUAACAGGGGGAUAAGAAGCUUUUGGCACUGCAGAUAUUGUAGACUACAUCUCCCUUUGAUGGGCUGCCUACUUUUUGGUUGUAAGAGCAUUAUGGGUGAUGUAGUCCACUAAAAUCUGUAGUGCAGAAGGUUGCCUAACCUUGCCAUGGAAGGUGUGAUUUGUGUUGCUAUUGGGCCCUAAUCACUUCUGGUUCUUCUUUGAAGGACGCAUGUAGUAUUUAGCUUGUACUCUUUGCAGAAAGUCUGCAGAAUAUGUUGGAUUUAUAUAAAUAGAAAUAUUAAAUCUACUAAUUUAAAAUAAGGCAUCUCUUCUUUGAAUCACAGAGUUGUUACAAAAUGUCUUUCAAAAGUUUAUCUCUGCACGCCAUUUAAUAGGAUAUGGAGUUGAGUAGAUUUACACAGUGAGAAUUCCACAUUACUUUUGUUUUUAUAAAGAAUCUUUUUUACCACAAAAAAACAUGUUUUAAAUUAUUAUCGAACAUUAAUCAAAUGUUGUUUUCUUACAUUAUAGAUUAAAUUAUAUACAAAACAAGGCACUCUGAAAUAUCAGACUGAUUGUGCACCGAACAACGGUUACUUCAUGAUUCCUCUUUAUGAUAAGGUGAGUGGUCAGUAUUAGUUUUCUCUAAUAACCAGCUUGUGGUUAAAGGAACAAUGAAGGCUGAAGUUAAUUAUUUCUCUUUAAUACACUUUAUUGAAAAUGCUUUAAAAAGAUAGUCCUCCCUUCUGAUUUUUUUGCACUUGCCAUAAAAGCUCAGGCAUUGCUGCAAUCUGUGCAGAGUUUGUGGCAGACCAGGAAGUGACUCAGCCAUCAUGGUGUGCACCCUUAUUUUUCCAUGUCAGUGCUAUGGUCACCCCAAUAAUGUAUGCACAACUGUGUUUUACUUGCACAACAGGAGUUUCUAGAAGUUCUACAUCAGUUGUGAGCUUUCCACAAUACUGCCCAUUGUGUGCAUGAUGAAGAAUUUGCUACUAUUAGCACAAGAUAGGAUGCAGGGUUGCCUCCCGUUACCACAUUGCAAGAUUAAAGGCCAUAGUGCAACCCUGUGAGCCCUUCACUGACUUUACUUUUGCCUCACUAGUAUGGAAAGUGUAGUAAUGACAGACAGUAAUGGACAAACCAAGAUGUAAAGAUUUAUGUUAAAAAAAAAAAAAGUGGCUGAGUAGUGUCUAAUAACUGUUUUUUAUCUCUCACACACCAUAUUUUAAUAAAAUAAGCUGGCUUUAGUCCUGUGCCCGUCACCCACUACAUAACUACUCUAUGUGCAUUUAUUUUGUUGCUGCUGACUUGACUUCUUUCAUUGCAGUCUAUCAUUGAGCCCUUGUGAUUAAACAGCCCUGCUGUGGAGAGAAAUAUUUGGGCGCCAUGUCUCAUUUCUGGAUUCUCUCACACGACCAGUGCCUGAUAUUUUUCGAGACUUGGUUUAAGUGCAAUUCUGCAGAUGUGCCCAUCACUGAUUAAUGUUAAAAACAAAUCCGUGUCACUCAGGGAUUUAGAGAGAUUUGUCAGAUGGCUACACAGAAACAUGCACGAUUAGGCAAAAACAUAAAUAGGCGUAACUAGACACAAUUGACCUCCACAAUGCGUACAUUGUGUUGAUAUACUUGUUUUGCACUAUUUUGACAAAAAUAUGGAACUGUUUUGGAGCAAUGAGUUUCAUAAGCAUGUGCAUUGAAUUGCAGUGCACAUUGAUUUUUAGAAAUAAACUAUUUUACGCUAGAUCUCUUUAUUUUACUUACACAUUAAUACCUAGGGGCACACCAGACUAUAAAUAGCAGACGUCAUACAUAAAGUUAGGAUGCAGAUGUAAAACAUACCUCUCCAAAACUGGCUAAGAUACAGAACUAAAUAAUAGUACACCGAUAAUUGUUUAAAAUAAGAAAAGGAUUACUUUAUUUUUGUUUUGUUAACUAUAAAAAUAAAUGAAAAAAUAGACAAUUGCUAUAGCAUGGCAUGCAAUACACACACAUCCAUGUAGGCCUGCUGUUCAUAAAUAAAGAAAACUCACAUAAUGUUUAUUGUGUAUAGUCAUAUGCAGCUGUCAAAUAAGUCAAAAUAAAUACAUGUUAAACAAUUAACACUAGUCUGCUAAUAAGUGUUACCGUCUUUUAUGUUUUUGGCUAUAAACAGCCUUUUUUUUUGCAGGUGUUUAUAGCAAUAUAAACAUGUAUUUAUUUCAACUUGUAUGACAGAUGCAAAUGGCUGUAUACAAUAUGUGAAUUGUUAGGAACUAUACUUCUGAAUGGCUGUAUGCUAUGCGGAUUGUCUAUAUUUUUCAUCAGCCUUUAUUUUUAUUCUUUAUGUGACAAAAAUAAAGUAAUACUUUUUUGUAAGGUUUAUUAGUGUGCGGUUUUAUGAUUUAAUUCUCUUUAAUUUACUGAUUUAGGCCUCGAUUUAAUGGAUUUGCAUUUAAAAAAAAGUUUACAAAAUAUUUAAAUAUCAAAAAGUUAUUUCUAAAAUAAAUCAAUAUUUAAAGUAUUAACAUUUUUUAAUGAUUACAUUUUAAUAGUGUAUCCAAAAAUAUUAAAUCAAUUCAAAAGCUUAUCCCCCCAAAAUAUUAAAUUGAUCUUAACUUAAUCCGCUGGUUCUACAUGUAGUUGUUAGUCUGGAAUAUCUAUAUAAUGAAACCUGAUUGGGAGGGAUUUUGACCAUAAUUUCUAACUCUUGAAGCUAAAUAUGUAGGCUGUUUCAGAAUUGUGUAGUUGUAGGGCAUCCUUACCAGAUCUCUUGGUACUGCCUAAUGUUUUGUGGAAGGAUGAAUGGAAGUAUAUGAAAGAUGCACUGUGUAAAAGCAUAAAGUACAAAGAAAAUAAUUGUAGUGAGUUAUGCACAUGGGUAGGGAGGUGGCUAGAACGACAGUUUAAUGCCUUGCACUUAUCAGGUGGUAUGGUAUAACUUAUUAUACAAUAGUUCUUAAAUCAUGUUUUUUUCUAGUGAGUUAAAGUGGAGCUGUCACAUCUGAUUACAACCAGAUAGUUAAUUGAAUGUUGUCUGGCUUUGCUGUUUAAUUUAAUUUUUUUUCCAACUGUUAUUCAUUUUAAAUAACAUGCUGAGGAUAGAGUGUAAACUUGAUUAACCCUUACAUAGAUGGAAUACCAGUGUGCGCAUGUGCUUGUAUGAUAUUUCUGUGCAUGUGUCUAAUCGUGCCUGAUGGUGUUGAACUCACACAGAGCGUGUAAGUACUACAUUGAUUUAGAUUUAGUUUUUCUUAAACCUCUGCAGUACUACUUACCCCCUAGUAACCAAGAAAAUAUCAAAUACAGAGAAAUAAUGAAAGUUCUGUUUUAAUGAACAUUAUUGGUUUAUUCACCAAACUAUUAAUUGUAGUGAAUAUUAAACAAUAUUGCUAUAUUAAUGCCUAAACACAAUUGUUUAAUGAUAAGCCCCCUGUGUUUUAAUUGAUGGGGGGUGGAAAGAUUCCAUCUAAUUGCAUAUCAAUUUAUUUGUUGGGGACAAGUGAUGGGAGCAUACAUGGAUAGAUGAUUGAGGGGAACAGAUAUUGGAUUAGAUAAAGAUGUGCAGAAUAGGAAAGCCUUCAUUUUAGGGGAGAAGAUCAUCCCAGGUAGAUAGAUUUGGAGGGGGGAGGGGAGAUAUGAAUUUAUGUGGUUGAGGAAAAAGCUGUGAUAUGGUUGUAUGCCAAAAUAAAAAUAAUGGGAUAAAUAAAAUAGGUCAAGAUGAAUGUAAAAAUAAAGGGGAUGAGGAUUUAAAGUUGGAAGAAGGGCAAGAUGGAACACACAGCACUGAAGCAUGAUCUAGGUCACAGGCAUAGGCAACCUUCGGCACUCCAGAUGUUUUGGACUACACCUCCCAUGAUGCUUUGCCAGCACUAUGGGUGUCAGAGCAUUAUGGGGGAUGUAGUCCAAAACAUCUGGAGUGCCGAAGGUUGCCUACCCCUGAUCUAGUAAAAUCACAGCCUAGUAGAUGGGUCUCCAUAUUGGGGAUGCCAGGUAAUUGAAGGAGAGGCUUGAUGGGUAUAUAAGAUUAGAUUAAAACCUGGAACAAGCCAAGUGGAAGAUCAAGUAUUAAUUUAUGUUGUGCAGAAGCAACUAAGUAGACGUAAUGCUGGAAAGUCACUUUUAUAAUUGAUCAUCUUAGAAUGUACAAACAUUAUGUUGUGUAAUAGUGUAACUGCUUCUUUGAUGUUUAUGGCUGUGAAAGUUAAUAGUGAUUGUAUUUCCUUCAGGCAGCUAUUGAUGUGUUUUUGUUCUUUCAGGGGGACUUUGUGCUUAAGAUCGAGCCUCCCCUAGGCUGGAGUUUUGGUGAGUAUCUGUUUCUUCUCCGUAAUAGCUGCUGUCAACUCCUACGGGGUUGGUGUGUAUAUGUUUUUCAUUCCCAGAACUCUCCUAUUUGCAUUAGUUAGAUAUCAUCAGAAACUACCUGGGGACCGCAGGUGUGCAACAUCCUCCUUCUACAAUCGUGUUGCUUUUUACUAAAUGUGGAUCAGUUUGCUGAUGUAUGAGUGCUAAUCGCAAAACAUAUCGUUAUGUCAUUGUUAUAUAAUAAUAAUAUACACAGAAUGGUAUAAUGAUUAAAACCUGCUACACAAGCGGCAAAGAAAUUUGCCUUCUUUCCUGCUUUAUUUCUGGCAGUAUUGUAGGCCUGUUGACAACGUUACCUCUUUCCACAUUGCAAUAUCUGAUAUUCAUGUUAAUUUUACUGAUUUGUUUUAUAUCCUCCCAAUACCCUUUCCUUUGCUCUUUUUUUAAUUAGAAACAGUAUUUAUUUAUUGUAUAAACCAUCCUCAUUACAUUUGAAAGGGAUUUAUUUGUGUUUAACUGUUGGCUUCAAAGAAGCCGCAAAAUCCAAGCUGUGUUUUUUUUUUUUUUUUCAUUUUUUUUUUUAAUGUAGUUUUAUUUUUGAGACAAAGUGACAUAAUUCAUUGUAUUUGCUUGUUUGUGUGCAGCACCUACAAUACUGGCCCUUGAAAAUGUUGAUUCACCAUUAUUGAGCGCCAGUUUUUAGUUAAUAUAUGCAGAAGUGGUACAUGCACAAUGGAACAUUCAUCACUGCAUAACAAUUUAACCAUUUCACUGCCAUAGGGCUGUAUAUUACCACUAUCACUGUGAAAAUAAAACAACGUAUUUCUAUAAACCUUUUAAUCCAGAUCGCACCUUUUCAUCUGGAAAUUAUAGGAUCCAGAACUGUAAUUUUAAAAUAUUGUUUUUCUUAAUGACUUUUAAAUAAUUGUUACUUAAUUCUUUUAUUAUAGAGCCUACAAGUGUCCCUCUACAUGUGGAUGGAGUGAACGAUAUUUGUACUAAAGGAGGAGAUGUUAAUUUUGUUUUUACGGGCUUCAUGGUUAACGGAAAGGUAAUUCAGGCAAACUACAUUUUAGUAAUCCUAAUUUCAGUACAGGAAAUUCCAGUCCAUGUGAUUUUUGGUCCCUUUUUCAUCUACUUUUUUAACACUUUGUUUGAAAAUGCAAACCUACACACUAGGGUUCGACGGAUUAUCGGUUUUGCCGAUAUUCCGUUUUUUUUUUUUUGGUUUUUUUUUUAAGUAUCGGCCGAUAAUCACUGACAACACCUAUAAUGAAUGCGUAGGCUGGCGCGUCCAUAAGGGGUGGGGGUUAUAAGGAACACUAUGGGACCAGGGGUGGGGGUGGUAAGGACCACUACAGGGGAGGGGAGAAAAGAACACUUUUUGCACAAACAAAACGAUAAAUGUACAGCAUAUUGGUAAGCGAUCGGUCUGAACGUUCACAGAUUAUCUGUAUCGGCUCUAAAAAAAUAAUAUUGGUUGAUCUCUACUACACACUCCCAAUGGACUGACUCGUGAUACUUGCUCCAGAUAAGUGACAAAGUAUCAUUAUACAGUGACUUGCUCAUGUGGGAAUGAACGCUGAAUAAGGAAAUUGGCUGUGUGAGCUCAUUUAAUGAGGGCCCUUAUCUCCUCCUGAUCCUGUCAAACUUGUUUUGCCACUUCUGCUUUUGUCAUGUUGCACAAAUCCAAAGAGGAUGUUGGUUUAUAAAUUAUAAUGUAUGUUCAUGGACAAUCCCAUGUGCAAACUAGUGUAUGAAAAUCAUGCAAAAAAAUAUACCAAAUGAUACCGCACUCAAUAGAAUAGAUAUAACUGAAUAUAAGUUUAUUAGCAAAAAUGUAAGCUAUCUUAUAUAAAGACAAGAGAACACAACACCAUAUAUUUAUAUAUGAAAAAUAUCUUAUUCACUAUACUAUAAAGUGCUAAAGUGCAAAAUAUCACAUCACCAUGGUUCCUAAAUGAACAUUAAUAAAAUACAAACAUUAAUGCCUGUUUCAAAAUCCUCUGCACAGAAUAAACCACAUGGUCCAGCAAAACAACAGACUGUACAUAAGGGUAUUGAGUUUUGUGAGAAAAAAUCCUGGUAAUGUACAUCAAAGUUAAAAAAUAGGGAUCCCAGAACAAAACUCAAUGUUGGGGGGGGGGGGGGAAAGGGUCAUGGACUGAUCUCACCCAUGUGUUUGGCUGGGAGGCUUCCUGUUUGCUUUAAGAGUCCCAAAUCCAGAUGGAUAUACUCUUCUGUAAUGUGUCCCAAGUGUUCUCUUUAGAAACUCCCCCUGUAACUCAUUUUUAAUAAAUUUUAUAUUCUGUUAAAUCUAUUCUAUUGAGUGCGGUAUCAUUUGGUAUAAUUUUUUUUUGUAUAAUAUUAUUGAGGGUCUUUCGAGGUGACCCUGAUACCUAUUGUGAUUGAAUGCAAGUACUACUUGUGUUUUUUGUUGGUUUUUUUUUUUUGUAUGAAAAUCAUGGUUUAAUUGUGAUCUGCUCAUCUGCACAGUUAGCCAAUCAUUGCUAUGUAUUUGAUGUCUAAUCUGAAAGGUGAUUUCAACUUUACCUCAGCCACAAUAUAGGAGCAGAGGACAACAUUAGGUGACGGGAGGAUCCUGAGCUUUGUCAGUCCACUUAAAUAGUUUGACAGAAACCACGGAGACGACACCCAAAAACUGCUAGUAAUGUAACUACUACAAUGAGCUGCAGUGGUCAUGGUGCUUAGAAUACUGCUUUGAUGCAUAACUUGCUGGUAUGAGGUGUGUGGCGGAACCAACCUCGCCACUGUCCACUGGAGAGGCCUGGUUGCUCGCCUGCUCCCUUUAGACUAUGGUCCUGCAUUUUAAACUUUUAUUUUACCUGCAGAAAGGUUUAUUCGUGCCUUUCUGCGGACUGUUAAAGCCAUGCUACCCCAGAUAGCUAUGCCAUGGAGCCCAGCCGUAUACUGAAAGACUGUAUGAAAGACUUUGGCUCCAUGGCGAUUGAACUGUAUGUAUGUGAUCUGAGCACCAUCCGGUAAUAAUGUGCGCUCAGAUCUAAGCUAUCUGGGGAUAGGUAGAAUGUGUAUGUUCUAUGUGAUAAAUGUAACCGUAUGUAUUUUUAUGUCUUUUAUUGUCCUUUGUCUGCCAUAUGGCUAAUGGAGUUUUGCCUCUGUCCUUGGAGAUAAUUGGAUUACUUCACAAUUAUCUUCAGGAUAGAAGACUCUGUGGAACUGGUUUUGGGCAGAAAAGCCAUGCUUCAUUUGGUCAAAUAGGACUUUCCCUUAACUUUUUAACCCCUGGAUGGAAUUGGCUGAAUUUUGGUUAUGUUUCUAUUUUAUGUGAAUAUGAUGCAUAUUUUUAAAGUUAUAGUGUAUGUAUAAAAAGUGUAUUUUUCCUGCCUGUGUUAAAUUUCAUUAACCCAUUGUGUUCAGUAAUGAUAUCACAGGCAGAGGGGAGGGAUGUGUUUGUGCUGGGUGUGUUUUAUGGCUGUCCUGUAAAUGAUUGGUUGUACUGUGUCCCACCCAGUGUGUGGCCAUUACAGUGGAGUUCCUGCUUAACCCUGAAAGUGAAGUGUCGUCUCAUUAUUGGGGGAGGAUUUAUUGUAUGCUGUUCCAGUUUGACUGCUAGGAGUGUAAACCUAUUCACAUGGGUUUCCUAUUCGGCUGUAUACAACAUUCAUAUGCUUAAAAGUACUCAUAUGCUUCUCCGGUUUGGUGAUUGUGGUGUCUGCCAGAGUGCUUGGAGUCCUCAGGAAACGCUAGGAGCAUCCUUUAACGGAGGUACCCAGUCGGGGUGCCAGGCGAUCCGUUACAAGGUGUUUAAGCACUAGAGUGUAAUAACAGAACAUAUGAUUCUUUUAAGCACCAUAACCAUUAUACGUCUUGUAGUGCUUAUUGUUAAAGCAAUCUUUGGGUGCCAUUUUCCCCCUUCUUUUACUGUUAUUCAUUCAUUGUUUGACAAAAAAAUACAUCUCUCCCCGCAUUCAAAGCCCAGGCUCUUUUUUUUUUUUUUUUUUCCUAAAGCUUGCAGCCUAUCAUUGUCAUUGAAGGUGGGGUGUAUCAUGCAGAAGAGGCCAGGUACUAAGUAUCAGAAGAUGCUAGGUUUUAGUCAAUGUGCAUUGAACGAGUUACCAAGGUGUGCUUGCCCUGUUCUAGCUGUUUUUUACUCUAUAUUCUUCGAGGCUACAAUGUAUUAAAAUCACAGGAGGUCUGCUGUUUCUGAGUUACUGGUAUCAUCAUAUCUAGAAGCACUAAUGAUCUCAUUGGCCCAAGUAUCUUAGAUAUGGUUUUACCAUCUAAUGUAUGUUCAGAUACAUUAAACUUCUUCACUAUGUCUACAGCAUACAUUACUUUGAGAUGCAAUGCUGUUAAUGAGCAUGACUACAGAAUAACAUGGUUACUGAGUCUUUUUGUAUCAAAUUAUCAUUAUAUGUGUUUGUAUAUAAAAUAUAUUGCAUGGGACAUGUACAGUAUACUUCUACAUGCGUAUGUGGUCUGCCAUCUGUUGUAAUACACCAAACCUAAAGGGGGGAAGCAGUCACAAACAUACAUCAGCAUAUACAUAUUAACAUUUCUAGAGUGAGAUGUAAUUAUGAUAUCUUGCUGUCUGUUCCAGGUAUUGAGUAGAAAUCAGAAUCUGGGGCCUGGGGGUGUACAGGUUGCCUUGAGACGAACUGGAAGUGGAGUGAAUUUUCAAACCACAGUUACUCAAACAGGAGGAAAGUAAGUUCUUUGAUUGAAGACCAAUUUUAUAUUCCAAAUACUCAUCCAUCAUAAUAUUUAAAGCUCUUAUUUCUACAAAUUAAGGCAUGUUUUACCCAGUUGUAGCCUGUUAAAAAAAAAAAACUUAAUGUAUUGGUUGCCUUAGUUAAGCCAUCAAAAGCCAGACAUUUUUUUUGCAUUAGAAAUGCUACUGGCUAAUUAUGAAUAUUACUAAUGAACACCUUUUUUCUGGUUCUAGGUUUGCGUUCUAUAAGGUGCUCCCCGGAGACUAUGAAAUAAUUGCUUCCCAUCAGAAUUGGGUUUUAAAAGAGGUAUUUUUAUAAAUAGGUUUUCAGUGUGAACAUGUUUUGUUGUUGUGUUAUUCCUUUGACAAUAACCUUUGUGGUCUAUAAAUUAAGUCUGUAUCAUGAUUUGGCUUUCAUUUGGUAUUUGAAUAGUCUUUAAAAGAUGCAGUCAGUGGGUAUACUGCACAUAUUAUUUCAGUAGACAUUCAAUAAGUGGGGAAAAAAAAAUGCUAAACAGGGUUAUUCACUAAAGUGAGAAUUGUCUGAAAUUCAGAGUGAUUUCAAAUUGAAGACCAGAAUAGCUGGUUUGGAAUUUUUUUUUUCCCCCCAUGUAAACCAAGCUUCCAGUUUAGCUAUAUUUGUCUAAAAUUCGAAAUUCACGUUUAAUUCCUGACACUUCUUCCUUUGAUGAAUAACCCUGAAAUAUUCUUCAUUGUUUACAGUUUGACUUCUAAAUGUUCAUCUUGCCAACAAAUCUCUAGUCACUGUUUGCCCUCUACCUUCCAGUCCGGUAUUUUUCCACCUGUUAAGCUGUAUUGGAAUAUUGUAUUUUCCUGUUAACCCGUGCACUGCAUGGGUUUAUGGGUAAUGUGUAGCUGAAUUAAGUUACACAAUUGUCUUAUUUUAUUGUGAUACAAAGUUGUAUAUAUCCGUAAAAAAACCUAAUGGCGAGUACUACAGCAGGUCUGAGUUACUCAGGGGAUUUUAGGAAAUGUACAAUCAUAUGUUCCCUUUUAGGUCCUGGAGCAUCCAGAGCCCCUGUUAAUAUUGGAGCUCUAGUCCUGACCGGGGCUAUCCUCCGCUUGUUCAUCAAUAGUAGAACUCAGGAACAUGAUACUACCAAGUAAAUAGCCCACCUCCUCUCCAGUAAUUGGACAACACACAGUUCUGGAAGUACAACUGAACUUCAUUCUGCCACACACUACUUUUAUGCACUGGCAUCUAGUAUGGGGUAUACACAUCAAAAACACAUGGGUUUCUUCUCAAGAGCCUUUGUGUUUGAGAGAUAAUCGAGCUUAAAUUAGGAUAACUCAAUUAUAUCUCAAAUACAGAAACUUACACACAUUUUACUAUACCACAAAAAUACAUGAAAAUAAUACAGGAACUCACAAAAAUCAUAUCCCCAAAUAGCUCUGACCUGAGACGCCCAAAAUAUCCAAAAAUCAUUCAGAUCGUUUCGAUAGAACGAAAUUGCUAUUCAAGUAAAGUUUUAAAGACCAACAGUUCCAGAGGAUUGGGAAGGAUGGCCGGUCGACUUUCGGGGGUUCCUGUGCAAACACUGACUAACGCUCCCCCUAUCUUUUCUGCCGAACAUCAUUCGUCUAGGUGGUCGGGAAAUAGAACGGGCAGCAGUACAAACUCCGCCCGGGUUUGUGUACUCGCGUGAGCCGAAAACCGUUCCAGGCGUUCGACCACCAUGUACCGCUGCCUGUGUUCAGGAGACAAAAUGGCCGCCAUGCACAGACCACGUGCGUUCGGUUAUACGAAUGGCGAACCCAGGGAAAGCACUCGAGCCACUGUGUUGGUGGUUAACAGCCAGGGGAAGUCGGUGUUCAAGGAGGUAUAAAAGGGGGGGACCACACACCAGUCAUUUAGGAGACGAACAAGGGUGUACGGCCAACCGAACACAAAGGAAUGGAGUCUGCUACAGUGUUCUCACCUAAAUGGUGGCUGCAUUUGCAGUGCAGCUGUGGGUAUAAAGUUUUCUCCUCCAACCUUUAUUUCCAAUUGCCCUUUUUUUAAGUAGCUAGGUGCCAGUGGCUUUGGUGUUUAUUUUUGGGUUUGCAAAAUAAAAAAUUCUAUUGCAUCAAAAAAAGGAAAAACUUUUUGUUUUUCGAUGAGAUGUGUUGUGCAAAUUUUCUUCUUGUAGUGUACCUUUAAGAAAGACAUAUUAACUGAUGAUAUACUACAUAGUUCUUUGGUACACCUCAAAGCAUAUUCUUAGCACCAAAACUACUCCUUCUCAAGGGACACCGCAAUGCUUACAAGUUUUUGACGCAUAUCUAGUGGCUGUCAGAGAGACUGACACUAGAGGUGCCUCUUAAUUGAAAGCCUUACUUUUAUUUAAGGACUUCACAUUUAGCAUCAUCAUGUCCAGUGUGAUGUUGCUGAACAAUGUGAGUGCUUCUUAUAAAGGAGCAUUGGGUUCAGUGUUUCUCUGAGAAGCAUUCCAUUGGGGAGCUUGAUGAUUACUGCAAAAGGUGCUAUGUGCAAUCAGUGUUUUUCUAUGGGAAUGUUUGGAUAAGAGGAACUAUCUGGCGAAGUCUGUACUGACACCAGAUUACCAAUGCGUAAAAACAAUAGUUGGAAGCAACAAACUAGGAAUAGUUAAACUAGGAAAAAUUCCCUCCCAACCCCAAAAUGGUGUGGCGGCCACCCAGAUAAGAACACUGGUUUCGCUGCCAAGGAUGUCCUUUUUCCCCUCUCUGGAACUCUGCUGUGCCGGAUUCAGUGAUAUAGCUGCUUUAGUGAUUAUAGCUGCCAAGUGUUUAAAGCUCUGGCGUGAUUAUAGCUUUCCCCCACAGACAUUAGCCAAAACUUAAUGCUGGGAGUGAGCUGGUUUAAUAAAUCAUGGUACAGGCAAUUUAUACACAGAUCCCUAGCAGGGGGGGCUCCAUACAGUUACAAACUCCUCCCUGGCUUCCCUGUGUGUGGGAGGAAUUUGAGUGUACUUUUGCUUAAACUAAUUAUCUCCCAGGCACAGAGGUACAAUGUUCAAAACACACUAUAUUACAAGGUACCCUCACAAGUCCUAUAUCCCGGAUAACCUGUAUCUGAGCGCCCAACAUAUCCAAAUAGCGCUCAGAUCCCAGGCACCUGCCUAAAAUAGGUUGGUGUAUCUUUCGGGAGUAAAAAAAGGAAUAAAACACUGAACAGAUUUUCUAACUCCUAGGUAGCGAUUGUUCGCCUUUUUUCGUGCGAACAAUCCUACCGAUCAGCACUCUUCUGAGGUGUAAGAAAACGAAAACAGGCAAGGAUGGAAGCUCAGCUGUGUUCGCAAGUUAGUCUGUCCGAUUUCAGUUCCAUGCACUCGACGACUGAACACCGCUGCCUGCUUUCGUGCGACAAGAUGUCCUCCAACUCCAUUUUCCAUGUGUUCAUCUAUGCGAAUGGCGGCCACCCAGCAGAACACUUGUAGUAAUGAGGUGCAAACCGAUUAUGGAGGUGUCAGUAGGGGUCAAUGAGGUUAACAAGCUCCAAGGUGGGCUGAGUACGGGAGGUAUAACAAGGGGAACUUGUGGGUUUGUUCGGUUACUGAACUGGAAUGAGGAAAUAAUGCAAACAAAGUAUUGUUAGUGACGGGGUGUUCUGUCACAAAUGGCAGUCAGAUUUAUCCUUGGAUCAAGAAGCUAUUUCCCUACAGUUGAAAAAUGAUAUCAUUGAAUAUUAUGUUUUUGCAAGUAUGCAUCUAGCUGCUGUUUAAACAUCUGUACAGACUCUGAUAAAACCACUUCUUCAGGCAGAGAAUUCCACAUUAGUGAUGUCCCAAACGGUUCGCCGCGGACGGCGAACAUAUGCACUGUUUGGUCCGCCCCCUAUGUCAUCAUUGAGUAAACUUUGAACCUGUACCUCACAGUCAGCAGACACAUUCCAGCCAAUCAGCAGCAGACCCUCCCUCCCAGACCCUCCCACCUCCUGGACAGCAUCCGUUUUACAUUCAUUGUGAAGCUGCAUUCUUAGUGAGCUGUCCAGGAGGUGGGAGGGUCUGCUGCUGAUUGGCUGGAAUGUGUCUGCUGACUGUGAGGUACAGGGUCAAAGUUUACUCAAUGAUGACGAAUAGGGGGCGGACCGAACAGCGCAUAUGUUCGCCGUCCUCGGCGAACCGUUCGGGACAUCACUAUUCCACAUCCUUAUUGUUCUUACAGUUAAAAAAAAAACAAAAAAAAAAAACCUUAGCCAACCUAUUUGUAUUGUUGGGCCAUCGCACAAGUACCAGUGGGCCAGUCUUACUGCUGUGCUCUGUCUCUCCAUCUGAUUUUAUCCAAUCCAUUUAGGGAAGCAUUAGGAGGCUAGUACUUAUGCCUUGCAAAUCGCAGCGUUCACUCCACUUAGUAUCUCCUCAUAGGGAUGCAUUGAUUCAAUGCAUCUCUAUGUGGAUCGUUCAGCAUCUUCAUCAAGAGACCAACUGAGUGUUGAUUCUGCAGUCCAGAACCUAGAAAGCCCUUGUACUGGCUGUCUGAGUAACAACCACUAGACCUGUUAUAAGGCAACAGUGCAAACAUAGCCUUUUCUUAGAAACGGCAGCAUUAACACUGCUGAGGCUGCAAAGAUUGUCAAUACAUUAAGCUAGUCCUUAAAGAGGCAGAAACUAUAUAUUCCCUUCCAGUAUUAAAUAUUUAAAGUAAUUUGUCACUAUAAAAUGCUUAUCAUGAUUUACCUUUUUUUGUGUGUGUAGGCAACAACGGAAGUGCAAGUGACAAAUUCCAAUGCCCAGGCUCUAAAUCCUCUAAUUGUUGCCGGUUAUGAUGUAUUGGGUUCUGUUCGCAGCGAUGGUGAACCAAUGAAAGGCGUUAUGUUUUUGCUCUUUUCCUCAUCCAUCAACAAAGAGGUACUGAUCUAUAACGUUAGCAAAUGCUCAAAGUUUACAUGCCUUGCUAUCAUUAGGACUUAUUUUAAUGCAUAUCUUGUGUUCCUGUGUUGAUUGCCAUUGGGGGAGUGGAGGAUCCUAUGAAAUCAUUGGUGUAAUACAGAAGGCACAAAUCAAAGUAUACAGCCAUAUGUGAGUGAACAAAGCUUAUAGUGUUUCCUGAUCAGAAGCACCUUGAGUGAGUUAAUCUUGUGUCAUUACAGAGGAAAAAUUGUUAUGGGUUUCUCUAAUUGAAUGCUCUCAAAUCUAACUUAAAAUGCCAGGCAGGUUUUCUAUGCAUGCGAUAUACUACAAUGCCAGACAUACAUUUCAGACGUAUCAAUGAGACACUUUGAUUUGUAUUUAUUUAUUUUUUUUAAAGGAAAUCAUGUAUUAAGAUCCAUUCGUUUUGAUUUCCGAAUAUCUUACUUUUCCUUUUAAUGUACAAUACAAUCAGUUAUAUUUGGUAAGCAGGCUAGGUGCUGCACAAAAAAUGUGAAUGCCUGCACUUGGUUUUCAUAAGAUCAGUUGAAAUGCUAACAGAUGUGCUUUAGUGACGCACAUAAGGAGUAAAAUGGUUUCCUGCUUGCCAGAGUGAAGCAGUCAUUAAAAUGUAGAAUAGGUGACACAAGAUUAUUCUUCAAAUAACAGCUCCCCUCUUCAUUGGGGCAACCAAGCUAUAAAAGGAGGCUGAGGUUGGGAUACUACAGUAACUGAACAAAAAUCUACCCAAAAUAUUUGUGCUUUUGUAUGUCCUUCAUUAAACUCUAUUAGCACUGAGGUGUACCGGCAUUCUUGUACCUUUUCUUUUUUUUUUUUUUUCUUCUAUUUUGCUGCUCCAAUAUAGAGGAAUUCUUUUAUAUUGUAAAUGCCACAUAUUUUACAAUACGUUGCAGUGACACUUAGAAUAGAGCACCAACAUUUCUGCUGUAUGCACAGUUAGCCUAGAAUUUUAUUAGAGCCUAACUAUCAUUGCAUUUCUGUUUUAUUGAGCUUAUUGUUUAUGAAGAUGUACAGUUGUUUAACGUGAUGUGUACUGUUGACUAACGACAUCCUAGCUGCCAUCCCUUUUUCAUUUCCAACGAAUUGUCUGCAAAUUGUUAUUCUUGGGAUUUUUCUGCUUAUGUAAGUUGACACAUUUUUCAAACAUGAUUUGUGUCUUGUGUGGUUCUAAAAUAUCUAUUCUGCUUUCAUUACUGUAGGAUAUAUUGGGCUGUGAUUUAGCUCCUGUUGACGGCUUUCAAGGAAAAGAUGAAUCCCUGUCGUACUUGUGUUAUGUCACAUCCCGAGAAGAUGGAGUGUUUACAUUCUCCUCCUUACCCAGCGGGGAUUACAGUGUGGUAUGAGAAAAGAACUAUCCUCUACACAUAUUCCUGUCUAUCUUCUACUUUACAGAGUGCUUGUCUCAGCACAUUUUCUAAUGAACCAUCUGCUUUUCAGCUCAGAUAGGCCUGCUAAUCUUCUCUUAUCUUGAGCUAACCAAAGGAAGCUUUCUUGGUUAAAGCCACCAACAAGGUGUUGGAUUGAUCACAAUAAUCUGUAUUUUACACUUCAGAACAGAAGUACUUUAUAAUUAAGUAGCUCCUUGUGAGCAUUUAUUUUUCAGAAUUGGAUGUCUCUUCAUUUUAGUUAAAGGGAAACAAAGUCACCAGAACAACUUCAACUUGUUGUAUUUGUUCUGGUGAGUAGAAUCAUACCAUUCAGGCUUUUUGCAGUAAACACUGUUUUUCAGAGAAAAGUAAGUGUGUACAUUACAGCCUAGGGAAACCUCCACUGGAUACUCCUCAGAUGGCUACUAGAGGUUCGUUUUGGGACAGUGAUGCACAGUCAGCAGCACUGCCAUUCAAUGUAUCCACCUUCUGCAUACAGACACUGAACUUUCUUCAUAAAAAUGAAUUGAUUCAAUGCAUCUCUAUGAGGAGAUGCUGAUUGGCCAGGGCUGUGUUUGACUUGUGAUGACUUUGCCCUUGAUCUGCCUCUUUGUCAGUCUCAGCCAAUCCAACGCUUUCCUAUGGGAAAGCAUUGUGAUUGGCUCUGAUAAUCACUUCUGAUAAUGUCAACCAAGGAGGCAGUUCAGGGUCAGAGCCAGCACCAGCAGACUGGUACACAUGUGCGGCAAUCGCCAGUCAGCACUUCCUCAUAUGGAUGAAUUAUACCAAAGCAUCUAUAUAGGGAGCAUCUUCAUGCUGAAUGUAAAGAUGCAAGACAUCGGUCCUGCAAACACUGCAGGACCAUAAUAAGAAGCACCUCUAGUUACUGCCGGAAUGAUGGCCAUUAGAGGUGUCCAUUGGGACAAAUGUAAACACUGCCACAGAAAGGGCAGUAUUCACAAAUAAAAUACUGCAAGGACAGUUCUUUGCACCAUAGUCCCUACAUUAAGCUGCAAUGGUUCUUGUGCUUAGAGAGUGUGUGUAUAUUUUAUUGCGCUGUGCAUGGAGUGCAAGGAUCGCUUGUGGAUUCUCUCUUUUGCUUUCCUUUAUCAAUCAAUUCCUCAACUGUUUAUGCCGAAGAAUUGAUUGACAGAUGGGAGAAAACAAUAUUUUUAAAUAGGUUUUUCUCUCAAUUUAUACAUUUCCUAGCAAAACCACUUUUGCAAUGUAUAAAUAUAAUUUCAAGCUCUUUAAAUAAUAUUAGGCACGACUGAUGGGCAUAUUUUGGGCAUCAACUAUUUCAUAUGUGUAUAACAAUUGUAAUGUGAGAUCACGUGAGUGUCAAUCAGUUGUAUUGGAGGGAGCUCCCAGUAUCUAUGACAUAUUUAUCUGUUCUUUUAAGAGCAAAAACUUUAAAGGACCACUAUAGGCACCCAGACCACUUCAGCUUAAUGAAGUGGUCUGGGUGCCAGGUCCAGCUCAGUUUAUCCCUUUUUUUUUAUAAACCGGGUUUCAGAGAAACUGCUAUGUUUAUAAUAGGGUUAAUCAAGCCUCUAGUGGCUGUCUCAUUGACAGCCACUAGAGGGCUUCCGCGCUUGAGAAGACGCUAGCGUCCAUAGGAAAGCAUUGUGAAUGCUUUCCAAUGGACUGGCUGAAUGCGUGCGGCUCUUGCCGCGCAUGCGCAUUCAGCCGGUGAUGGGAGGAGAGGAGGAGGCGAGCUCUCCGCCCGGCACUGGAGAAAGAGGUAAGUUAGCAUCUUAGCACCAGAGCCCGGCGGGACGAGUAUGUUUUCCUGGCACUAUAGUGGUCCUUUAAAGGAACACUGUGGACACCAUAACCACUUCAUGCCAGAGAAGUGAUUGUGGUGCCUGGAGUUUUCUGACAUCGUCUUACUUUGAAGUGCUAAACCAUUUUAAAUGGUUUAACACUGAAAUUGAGUCCUCCUGACUUUGGUCUGAUGUACUGUCUGUAACUGCUUGGCAAACAUGGAAGCUUUUGCUCAAACAGCAUUGAUAGGCUUAGCAUUUUAACCUUCUCGUUUAGCAUUUAACUAUGCUCAUAGCGAGUAAUGCUUCAAAUAUCUACAGCCUGUAGAGCUGUUCCAAAAAGGAAACUGGACCAGUGCUUGGGUUACUUAACUUUAGUGUUAAACUAUUCAAAAAUGAUUCAAAACCAUUUACAUUUUGAAGAUAAGGCACUGGGAUUCUCCGGCAUCAUAAACACUUUAUUGAUGUGAAAUGGUUCAAGUAUUUUCAAUUUCCUUCUUGUAUUUUUAUUGUCUUUAUUUUCAUAAAAGUUCGAUUUAAAAACAAACAACAACUUGCAAUGUAAAUUUGUAUUUCUAUCAUACCUGUACAUUAUAGCUCAUCAAAUUAUGCUAUGUAGUCUUUUUUAGUUUUUUGGGGGGAUAUGUUCCCAUUAAGUAGGUUAAUAGACAAAGUCCAGUGACAGAAUAGUUUUUAGUAUUUGUUACCCAAAUAUCACUAUUGACAACUUUAUUAAACAUUUCCUUCCAAUUGGAAAAAAAUGUAAUUUAUACAAAAAAUAGAUUUGCAUCACUAUUCUAAGCUUGCGUUGUGUUUUGCAGAUUCCAUUUUAUAGGGGUGAAAGAAUUACAUUUGAUGUUGCUCCAUCCCGAUUGGACUUCCGUGUGGAACAUGACAGCCUCCGAUUAGAGGUACAAUACCGAUCAGCAAAAACAUGGUGUUUAACUUAACAUUUUAAACAAAUGAAUAAUGAAAGCAGAGCAACACAUUUAUUCAGCCACAUUUCGACGCUUUCAUGGCUUUGACAAGCUUAUGUCACAUCAUACACACAAUACAAAUUAUGGUAUUAAAAUUACUUUAACAAAGCUGUGACUAUUUCACACUGAUUCUGAAGAUUAGGUGUGGCUGUUUUCAACACAAAAUGUGUGUCACUAAAUGCUUUAAUCCAAUAUAUUAUUAUUAUUAUUAAAUCACAUUUGUUUUUCUCUUCUUUUCAUUAUUAUCUAGAAACCUUGAGUAACUAGAUGGUAAUACACUGUAUAAUGCACUAAUUCCAUCGCCUAGUGUAACCUUAAAAAUAGCACUUUAAGAGAAAAUCUGUUCACCAAAGGUUAAUAGUGAAAUGACUAAUAUUCCUGGUUAAGGUUCACUCUAUGCACUAUAACUAUUACAAGGACCCUCAACACCAGAAGCCUGGCCCCUUUGUAGCCAAUUUAAUACUGUUCAUGAUCCACUCCCACGGUAUUUGUCAAACCUUGAUCGGUUGCAAGCAAAGGGCAAACUUUUUCCCAGCUCUUAUAGUAAUGGUUUCAGUCCAAAGUUGGACAGAUAAUGUAGAAGUAAAUAUCUUCCUUACUGAGAAGUUGAGGCCAGGUUAUGGGUGCUGUAGAUAGUCCAUGGUUUUGACUAAGCAUUCACAAGUGAUUUGAUGGAAAAAGGGGACUUUACACACAGACUUGUAGCACCAGUACCUCUACAUUGUGCUGUAGUGGUUAUGGUGAUUAGAGUGUGCCUUUAAAUUUUCAGAAUAAAUCUAGUGUCUUAAAAAUAUUUGAUUUGUUUGUUGUAACUUAAUUUUAGAAUCUGUUCAUGAUAUUACUGGAGACUGAAAAGUUAGGUUUUCUGCUGACACUCACUCACUCACUUUGCACACUCAAGCAUCUUAUCACCAAAAAGUGGGGAGGGGGGAAAUAUACACACAUGUGUAAGUUGUUAAGUGGUGCAUUGCUCUAUUUUUGCACUUAAGAAUGUGAGUGAAUUAUGAAGGUGCCACCAUUGUAUGUACUUACGAUAUAGCGGUUUUUACCAGCCUGUCUUCCAUGUGAUGGGGUUCUCUGUGACUGGAAGGGUUUUGAAUGGACCUGAAGGUGAAGGUGUUGCUGAUGCUGUUGUCACGCUUAACAAUCAAAUGAAAGGUGAGUCACAUAUAGUCAUUUUCUCUAACUUGCUAGCUUUACACUGCAUAGCCAUGCGUUUUAGUGUAUUUCAUACAAAACAUAUUAUACUAGCAGGACUUAAAAUUUCCACUAGCCAAUGGCAAGUAGAAAUUAUUUCCUGAUUAUGGAGCCUUCAGGCUUCUAGUAAUGAGUAACUUUUAGGCCUGUCCAGUAGCGUAGGAUUUGAAUGAGCUUGAUACUAGGAUUGUACUUUGAUAAAGAGACCUUUGCAUCAUGAACUACUGAACAAGAGGUGGCUACGCUUCUCCUUUCCUCUCGCCCCACCACUUGCCUGCUUGAUCCUGUCCCAUCUCACCUUAUCAGAUCUCUCUCCCCUAGUCUUGUGCCUUCCUUAAAGGACCACUCUAGGCACACAGACCACUUCAGCUUAAUGAAGUGGUCUGGGUGCCAGGUCCAGCUAGGGUUAACCCAUUUUUUCAUAAACAUAGCAGUUUCAGAGAAACUGCUAUGUUUAUGAAUGGGUUAAGCCUUCCCCUAUUUCCUCUAGCGGCUGUCUCAUUGACAGCCGCUAGAGGCGCUUGCGUGCUUCUCACUGUGAUUUUCACAGUGAGAGCACGCCAGCGUCCAUAGGAAAGCAUUAUGAAUGCUUUCCUAUGUGACCGGCUGAAUGCGCGCGCAGCUCUUGCCACGCGUGCGCAUUCAGCCGACGAGGAGGAUCGGAGGAGGAGAGCUCCCCGCCCAGCGCUGGAAAAUGUAAGUUUUUUUUUUUUAACCCCUUUCCCCCUUCCAGAUCGGGGUGGGAGGGGGACCCUGAGGGUGGGGGCACCCUCAGGGCACUAUAGUGCCAGGAAAACGAGUAUGUUUUCCUGGCACUAUAGUGGUCCUUUAACACACAUCUUCAACUGCUCUCUCUCUUCUGGCAUUGUCCCUACUAACCUUAAACAUGCUAUUGUAGUACCUAUCUUGGAAAAAAAACAUCCCUUGACCCAUCCACCUCCUCUAACUAUCGUCCCAUAUCCCUGCACCCUUUUUCCUCAAAGCUUCUGGAAAGACUUGUCUUUACUCAUAUCAUCUCACUUACUCAAUCCCAACUCCCUCCUUGACCCUCUUGAAUCUGGCUUCUGCCCCCUCCACUCUACUGAGACUGCUCUUAUCAAAGUUACUAAUGACCUAAUCGCAGCUAAAUCCAAAGGACAUUACUCCAUACUAAUACUUCUUGACCUCUCUGCUGCCUUUGACACAGUUGAUCAUGCUCUCCUUCUUCAAACUCUUCAAUCAAUCGGUCUCUGUGACACUGUCCUCUCUUGGUUUUCCCAACGCUCAUUCAGUGUCUUUUUCAAAUGAUACCUCCUUCUUUCAUCCUGUCUUUGUUGGAGUCCCCCAAGGCUCUGUCCUUGGUCCCCUUCUAUUUUCUCUUUAUACUGCCUCUCUUGGCAAACUUAUUGCCUCAUUUGGAUUCCACUACCACCUGUACGCUUAUGACACCCAACUAUAUCUCUCCUCCCCAGACCUCUCCCCUUCCUUUUCUCCAUCUCUGACUGGAUAUCCUCCCGCUUUUUAAAACUAAAUCUCUCUAAAACUGAACUCCUUGUCUUUCCUUCUCCUAAUACUGACCCUCUUCUUUCGCUCUCCCUUCAAGUCAGUGGUAUCCACAUCAGUUCAUCCUUGCAAGUGCGCUGUCUUGGUGUCAUGUUUGAUUCUAACCUCACCUUUGAGCAUGUUACCAAAUCCUGUUGAUUCAAUCUUAAAAACAUAGCCCGCAUUCGCCCCUUUCUCAAGAUGGUACCAAAGAGCUUGUCCAUGCUCUAGUAAUUUCCCGCAUGGAUUAUUGUAACCUUCUCCUAAUUGGUCUUCCCAAAAACCGUAUUGCCCCACUACAGUCUGUUAUGAAUGCUGCCGCCAGACUGAUUUUCCUCUCUAGUCGGUCCUCUCGCACCUCACCCUUUUGUUAGUCCUUACAUUGGCUUCCUGUAUCCUAUAGGAGUCAAUUCAAAAUGAUAACCCAUACCUAUAAAGCAUUGACCAAUUCUAGCCCCUUUUAUCUCAUAACAGAUCCAUUGGUUUGCCCCUUCUUGGUCUCCCUGCUUUGCCUGUGACCACCUCCUGUCCACUACUCACACCCAUACAGUCAACUCAUGCUUGCACGACUACUUGCAGGUGGCUCCCUUCUUAUGGAACAGCCUGCCUACCGCCAUCAGACUUUCCCCUAGUCUUCAAUCGUUUAAGAAGUGCCUUAAAACCCAUUUCUUUAGGAAAGCUUCUGGUCUCCCAGAGUAACCUCACAUACCUGUCUCUUGCUCUCUCCUGAAGGGCAGCACUCUACUCUCUCCUUCAGCUCUGCUUCACUCCAACCUAUUUUGAUUGCUAUUACCUGUCCUAGUGUGUUUUACACCCCAUCUCCUAUAGACUGUAAGCUCGCUUGAGCAGGGUCCUCUUCAACCUAUCGUUCCUGUAAGUUUUCUUGUAAUUGUCCUAUUUAUAGCUCUUAUAAUAUUGUAAAGCGCUAUGGAAUCUGUUGGCACUAUAUAAAUGGCAAUAAUAAUAAUAAUAAUCAUCUAACAACUCAUAAUAUCUAUGUUUAUGCUUCGUUCUGAUUCUUGGUGGCUAUAGAGUCUUAUUUCUUUCACCUCUUCAGAAAUCAAACUGUCUCUUGCGACAAAAUUUUUCCUUUGGCAUACAGAAGAAAGUACUAUAACAAGGUUGAUUCAUUACUGACCCCAGCCAGCGUGUGUGUGUUAGAGCAGCUAUAGAUUUUAUAUUCCCUGUUAAAGUUGCUCACCCAAAUCAGAAACAAAUACAAAUGCUAUGGUUGCUGGCAACCAAAAAUGUUUUCCCAAAAGCAUAAAAUUUACAUAUACAAUGACCAAAAAGAAGCGGCACAGCAGUUUCUGCAAAGUAUAAUGAAAAUUACAACAGAAUCAAAGUUAGUAUGAAAAUGCAAUUUAGAACAUUGCAUGAUCGGCAGAAUGUCAUUGGGUGGAAAAUGGAAACCAAAAAAGCGACUACACAAUCAAGUUUAUACUAACUGGGUUUUAGUUUCAUUGCAUUUGUCCUGCAUGCAAAACAAUCAUUGAUUUCAACAUUGCUAAAAAAUAAAUAAAAAUAUUAGUGUUACAAGUUUUUGCUUUAAUUAUGGAGCUGUAUUAUAUGUUUUCUAGUUACAACUAAUGCAAAUGGAUCUUUUCGUUUGGAAAACAUGACUGCUGGUACUUACAAUAUCGAUGCCCAGAAGGAACAUGUUUACUUUGAUACACUCACAGUAAAGAUUGCCCCAAAUACUCCACAACUUGCUGAUAUCAUAGCGGCGAGGUGAGUGGAAGUAAAUCUUGUUCAUGCUGUAUUUCAGUUAGCAUUAUUGCUGUUCAGUAACAUCUGGUAACAUUACAAUAUGGUAUGGUUCUAGACAGGACACAUAGUUUUGACUCUGCCACUAAUGAUUUUUAAUCAUGACUAGGAAUAUGGAGUAAGUCAUAUAGACCUAUUCCUAUCAAUGAGUUAAAUGCAUUGGCCAUUUUGAGGCUAAAUACAAAUUAUAAUUGUAAUAAAAAAUUUAGCCACAAGAUGCCGCCAAAGGAUUACUUUUCAAAAUGAUUUUAAAUAAAAAUGCUAUAUAGAAUGUUUUUGUCGAAGAAAAAAAAUUAGUUGAGAUUUUGAGUUAUACAAUAUUUUACUCAGGAAAAUAAAACAUUAAAUAAAAUAAAUGAGCAGCCUGCUUAAUUGCCAGGCUAAUUUAGAGGCAGUCACCUGCUGUUGUAGUGGUGCUUGUCACUAUGUGCCUGGGGUACUGGGCUUAGUAUUUGGGGGGGGCUUCUAAAACUGAAGUAAGGCAGGCACUGAUUCAAACACUGGGUCCUGCCUUACAUUAAUGUGCAGGGGGAGCUGGGUCCAAGUGGCAGGCAUUGCUGUCUGUGCGGAUCCUGCCUGUAAAUCAGGUUGGUGGAGUUGGGAGCCAUAAAGCAGGCACCACUGUCUGUCCGGUGCCUGUCUGAAUUACAGGAGGGAGCUGUAUGUUCCUGAAUGUCAGGGGAGCAGUGCCUGACUAUAUUACAGGGGUUGGAGGAAGCCAGCUGGCAGUGGAGAAUCCGCCGGCAAUGCUCUGUUUUGAACCCCACUAAUGGCAGCAGGCACCGCUGUUACACAAGGUUCCUGCCAUCGAUCUGGCUCUCUCUGCACUCCCCGGCUAGUCCUGUGUGCCAUACCGAGCUUAUUAAGGAGAGCACCAAAUGUAUGAAGCAGUGCCUGCCUUAAUUAGAUCCACAUAUAAAUUGGUAUUUAGGGAUACAAGAACAUUUCAAUGUAGCCUUCUGAUCAAAAUGUAAAAUGUGCAGUAAGAAAACCAGUUCUUUAAACUGGCAAGUACAAAUAUCUAACAAAUCAUAUUAAUGCACACAAUAACUUUAAGAGAACACUAUAGGGCACCCAGACCACUUCAGCUCAAUGAAGUGGUCUGGGUGCCAGGUCCCCCUAGCUUUAACACUGCAGCUACAAUUAUAGCCGUUUCAGCCACUAGAGGCACUUCCGUGAUCCUCAAUGAGAAAAUCGUAUUGUAAUCACGUUGGACAUCCAUAGGAAAGCAUUGAGUAAUGCUUUCUUGUUGGUGGUUUGAAUGCGCGCACGGCUCUGGCAACGUAUGCACAUUCGGUGUUGAUGUUGGCAGAAGGAGGAGAGGUUGCUCGGAGCCCGGUGUUGGAUCAAGGUAAGUGGCUGAAGGGGUUUUUAACUCCUUCAGCCCAGAGGGAGGGAGGACACUAAUAACCCUAUAAUGCCAGGAAAAAAAGUUUGUUUUCCUGGCACUAUAGUGUUCCUUUUAUAAAAAUAUUAUGGAAUCUAGCUUAGUAUAAAGAGAACAGAUAUUACGAUCAUGUAAAUAGUAUCCAGACUGUUCUUUGAUAUAAUGCAUUAAAUAGUAAGUAAAAAAAACAAACCGGGCUAAAAAUACAGGUGUAUAUCUACAGUAUAACAUACCUAUGUAAGUAGGCGACAGAAGGCAAAGCACCCUAACGCUUUGGCUGAAAUGAGAAGACUUGAUAAAAGUGCAGUCGGACUAAAGAGUUGAUUUUGAUAUGAGUUUGCUCAGAGUCUGGUUCAAUGAAAACAGCAACAUAUUUAUGAAAGACAUAUUUUUUUUUUUUUUUGUUCUAUAUAUGUAAAUAUAAAUCAGCAUUAUGCCUUUGGCAUUUGAUACCAACUGCAAAUAUAUAUUUCUUCCUCUUGCAUUUUUCCUUACAGAUUUAGUGUUUGUGGAGAAAUUUCCAUUACAAACUUUCCAGAAAAUAUUAAACAAUUUAAUAAAUAUAAAGUUACUCUAACACCUCAAGACAAGGAGAGGACCUCAUUUCUUACAACCGAAUCAGACUCCCGUGGACUGUUCUGCUUCCAGGCUAGAAGGGGAUCCUACAAUGUCCAGGUAAUAAUUCCUACUCUCUCAGGAUAGAUGUGCAUUUUAGCAAUGUUUGCUAAUGUCCAUAAUACGUGCAGUGUCCCGUUACCUCUAAACAGUGUCAUCAUUGUCCGUAUAGAUACACAUUUUUUUCUUUCUAAGUGUGUCAUACCUAUGUCAUCGGAGGACAGACUUGUUUGCCAAGGAAAAACUCUUGUAUUAGUCUAAAAUUGUAUCCACCACCAAUUUUCUAGGUUACUGUUCCGGAAGCUGAAGCCAAAGCAGGCCUUGCCCUAAAACCGUCCACAUUCCCGGUGACUGUAACAGACAAGCCAGUUAUGGAUGUAUCAUUUUCACAGUUCAUGGCAUCUGUGUCUGGGAAGGUAACAUGCUUAGGUAUGUAAGAAGCAGUGUGUGCUAUGCCAUUUAACCCUUUUAGCCAUUAUUUUAGCAUCAUAAUCAUUACUAUAAGCUAUGGUGGAUAUACUGCUUGGAGUGUCCCUUUAAUGUUGCAACUGAUCACAGUAGUCACACCAUCAAUCUAGAAAAUCCGUUCUAGUGGCAACCAUCCACACGCACUCUAUAACACCAUUUCAGCAAUGUUUCACAUAUCCGGUAGUAUAUACAUCAGGUCAUGUGUAAUUCCAAUUGCACAUCCUCCAGAACUGUAACCAUGUAUAUGAGAGAGGGUAAGAUAACUGGCAAACCUAUUCAUAUUCCAUGUCUUGAUGUUGGAGUGCUGUCUUAUUUCUGCAAUAUUGGUUUAUAUUUUAGAUACAUGUGGUGAUCUGACUGUAACUUUACAGUCUACAAGCCGCCAGAGGGAGAAGCACAGCUUACAGGUUUCCAGCAAGACUGAAACUGUGGCAUUUACUUUUGAAGACAUUUUACCUGGAAAAUAUAAAGGUGAGACUCACUCUGAACAUAGAAUAUCCUUUAUAACAAAUGGAGAGGAGGGGGCACUAUAAAAUGCUCUAUGAAUUACUGAGGGAGUAGUGUGUGCGUGCGUGUGACGUUGGGAGAACUGUGUGAGUUCGCAAGGUGCCUACUUUGAAGGGCACUGAGGCGUCCUAUGCACAAUGUUUCUUGUAUCUUCUAUCGCCUUUUUAAAAAAUAUUUAUUUCCUGUAAAUGUCUCUAUUUUUAUAUUACAUGGCUGGAUACUUUCCAGACACACACACACAAACUCCCCACCACAUCCUCCAAACCUUAAAACUUGACAUCCUAUGCUACUAGCGAAUCCUCAAAUGUUAUUCCCUAUUGCAAGUCAUAGCAUAUAUACACUAGGGGCAAAUUUGUAUUCUGCAGGGUUACAGUUUCACUCAAAAUGUCUAGUGGUUAGUGAACAUUUUGCUAGAUAAAAGGUGUGUGUGUAUGUAUGCAAAUUCUUUUUUUAUUUUUUUUUUAUGUUUUUAGUGACCAUAAUUCAGGAAGACUGGUGCUGGAAAAACAAAUCCUUGGAAUUUGAAGUUGCAGAAGAAGACAUUGUUGGUAUAGAAUUGAGGCAGACGGGUUACAUGUUAAGAUGCUCCCUUUCUCAUGCAAUCACACUGGUGAGUGCUAUUAAAGUCUGUAUUCAAAUCUUUAAGUCAGAUGGGAACAUUAACCACAAUAGCAAACCUGAAAUUGAUAAAACAUACCAUACUGUUACGAUUGAAACACACCCAUAAUUACAGUUUAACUUUUUAUGGGCACGACAUGAGCCUCGUGAGCAUGAUCUACUCAAUUGUGCACAGUGGAUUAUUAUUGUGAGAAGCCGGGUUGGCAGUUCUGUAAUCGCCUCCUUGUCACCCUGUUUGUCUCGGCCUGCUGCGGUCCCUUAAAUAUGAUAUCUCACUUUAGUGACUAACUCGAUAAUACUAUAAAUACUAGAUUUGUGCAAACAUUUUUGUCCAGUUUGUGCAAAUCAAAUUCCUUUUAUUCUAUACCUGAACACAUCAAUCUGUCCAUGAUUUAUCUGUGGAGCAUUGGUCAUUGAAUAAGACACAAUCGGUAAAUCCCAGGUGAAUUGAUUUGUUCAGGCGUGGAUAUAAAUAAAAUGUAAUUUAACAAAGCAACUGAAACAAAUUUUUGAACAAGUCUAACAAAUACUGAUUGUUUUAAUGAUGCUUUAGAACACAUAUAUGUUAAAAUAUUUCCAUUCAAAAACAUUAUCCAAAACAUAUUGUUCAGGUCCGCUAGUAACAAUUUUAAGUGGCAGAAAGAAAGCUGUCAUACUCUACCAGUCUUAACAUUUUUGCUUUGAUUCUACAGGAGUUUUAUCAGGAUGGUAAUGGACCAGAACAUGUUGGUGUUUAUAAUUUAACAAAGGGAAUCAAUAGGUUCUGCCUUUCAAAGCCAGGUAAUUGUUCUGGGUUCUCUGGAAGUGCACAUUUAAAAGUUAAUGCUAAACAAUAAGUGGUACUUUUUAUCAUGCUCUCUGAAUAACUUUUGCAUUUUGUUUAUAUCUUUCAGGGGUUUAUAAAGUUACUCCACGAUCCUGUCAUCGGUUCGAACAUGCUUUUUACACUUAUGAUACGUAAGUAAAUUAGUGUAAUAUACAUUAAAAAGUAAAUUUACUAUUCUUUGUAUUAAAAGGUUGCUCCAACCAAAAUCGAUGUUUGAAACACAUUUUUUUUUUUUUUUUUUUUAGUUGAUGUAACCCUUGCUUUAACAGUCCCUCCAAUUUCUUCAUGCUGCUCAAUUUGCUUUCACGUUGGAAAUGUGAAAUUAGAGUCAGCGGCCAUGGCUAUGUCACAGUUAUCCAUGCUUUGACUUACUUUAAAGGGACGAUAUAGUCACCAGAACAACUCUGUAGUUGUUAUGGUGUCUUGCAUGUCUCUGCAGGCUUUUUAAGGUAAACAUUGCCUUUUCAGAGAUAGGCAGUGUCUACAUUACCGCCUAGUAACACCUCUAGUAGGAGUCACUCAGACAUCCACUAGUUGUGUUUCCCAGGUCAGUGAUGCACAGUGUCUCCACCCUCUGCAUGCAGACAGUGAACGCUCCCCAUAAAGAUGCAUUGAUUCAAUGCAUCUCUAUGAGGAGAUGCAGGCUGGCACAGUGUUUUGACAUGCCUCCCAAUGCUUUUCUAUGGGAAAGCAUUAGAUUUGCUGAGAUCGUCAGAUUUGAUGAUCUCCGCUUCGGAGGCAGAGCAGCAUAAGGCCAGUCGAAGCAAGACUAACACGGCGCUGGAAAAAAAAAAAAAAGUGAGAUUAAACACCUUUUUUAAAGUAAAGAGAGUGUUACCGAAAUAGGGAAUUUUACCACUAUAAUGGCAUGAAUAAAUAUUUGUAUUCCUGACACUAUAGUGUUCCUGUAAGCCAGGGGUGGGGAACCUUCGGAUAAUGCUGGCAAAGCAUUGUAAAUAUUGUAAAGCGUAACGGAAUCUGUUGGCGCUAUAUAAAUGGCAAUAAUAAUGUAGUCCAAAACAUCUGAAGGUUCCCCACCCCCGCUUUAAGCUUUUGAGUCGGUGUACAUGUAGCACUCAAGUUUCUUUUAUAUAUUUCAAGUGAUUUUACAGUUUCUAUUGUUAAUUUUAAGAAACAUUUCACUAACAAAGUUUGUAGAAAUUUUAGUUCAUUUAUCAGUCGUUUUUUCCAUUUUUUUCUCUGUUCUAAUUACUAGGUCUUCGCCAAGCAUUCUAACUCUGACAGCAGUGAGACAUCAUGUCCUCGGGGCUAUUACCGCUGAUAAGCUAAUGGAUGUGACUGUCACUAUUAAGUAAGUGCAGUUGUAGUCUGACAAAUUAAAUUUGUACUUCUUGAACAAAUUCAUUGAUCCAUAAUUAAAAAUAUGCUUAUGCACAUUACCAACCUUUUUAAUAAUGUACUUGCUAUGUACACUUAGGGGACUCCUAACAUCUGCUAAUUUCUUAAUGAAUAUUGUGAGUCCAAUUUUUGUCAAGCCUUUUAAAGCAGAACUGUCACUUUUCCAUACAUCAGUUGUAUGCAAGCCUAACACCCUUGUUAAUGUAAAUUCUUUACUUAGAUCAUCUUGUGUUGUAUCUCUCAUCUUUUGUUUAUUCAUUGUAAAUGGGUCAGAUCUUCUUAUAGUGGUACUAACAUCCUUAUUUAGCUUUUGAUGUAUUGCAGCAGUAACUUUGCUAUGCCAUCUUGUUGACAUGGGCUUAUAACUAUGUGCAGAUCAUUUUUGAAAAGCUAAAUCAAGACAAGAGGUAGGUCAACGUGUCCAAACACCUAUUACACCAUUAUAUGAGAAGACUCUGGAGAAUUAAGUUUACACAUUGCUUAAAUUGAAUGUAUUUAAGUAAAUUGAAUGCCAUGCUAUGUGUAGAAGAUCAUGGCGCGUGACUGGAACGCUGCUGCCUACUAGUGUUGGAGCUGGGGCGAAUCGGCCACUCUUCCUGACACUGAAGUAACCAAGCGACUCAGUUGGACUACUACCCCCCCUUUGGACCCGUUGGGGUUAUUCCGGUCCCCACUGGGUGCUCACCGGUGGACGACCAGGGGUAAAACGCCUAAAGGUGCCAAUCAACAGGAUCUACAGGGCCACAUGCUCCAAGCUAAGAUGGCGGCUGCAUGGAGUCCUGACUGUGGGACCCCCCACGAAGACCACAUGGCUAAAGCCUUAGCCCUCUUCUAAGCACAACUGUGGGCCAAACUGACACAGAACCAAGCUGUCCCAGACAUCCCUUAACGGCACCAUGACCCACUUAACUCACAACUUAUACCAAAUCGCACCGCCAAGCCUCUGACCGCGAUGAGGAGGACAUCUCGACUCACGAAACGCAGACCCAUCAUCAGCCACCGCCUGCUUGGGCCUCGGCACUAACAGAGAUCUCCCAUGUCUAGCCAUAAGCACCUGAGCCAAGCCGGCGCACUUGGGGGGGAUUCCGCUCAGCAAGGCCAAUGGCGUGCACAUGGUCGAGCCGGGAGGCCCGCUCCUCAGACUGAAUGCAGCCGGUAUUCUGCAGCAAUGACACAGGAGAAUGCCAUUGCAUGGAAUGCCUCUGAUUACUCCCCGACCUACGCUGACAGCCUGCCGACCUCUGGUAUCGUGUGAAUGGGGACACUUGCAAUAUGAUGGCAUAAUGUGACUAAUCUGAUAUUACGCCUUAUGACCCUGAUUCUGCAUUAGUGAUUAAACUGUUUUAUGACUUACUGUCCCUUUUCUCUCCUCUCGCCUACUAACCCUUGCUUGAUUAUACGGUCCCACGUGUGCGACAUCAUAUUGUAAGAAAUGGCAUAUGUUAUCUGCGAAGCACAUUAUACUGUUCACUCACCGUGCAUAUAGCCUGCAUAACUCCGAACCUAUUGUUUCGCUUAAUCUGCAUUGUGUAUGUCUCACUUUUUUUUUUUUUUUUUAAACUAUCAUUUUCUCAUACUCCUGUUUUACACGCAUGUUUUACAACCCCUUUUCUCAUAACCAUUAACAUGCCUGGGUAGUUUACGUUGAUUACUUAAAUCGCUUUUCCAUAUAUUUCAGACAUGUUUGACAAGCCUGUGACAUUGCUACUUAACUUUAAAAAGUGUUUAACCUGAGAAAAAACAAAACACUGAAGUUUAACAAUAUAGAAAUAUUUUUUUUCAGGAGCAGAACAUUAGGCCAGCCUGUGUUUUGCAUAUUGAGAAGCAUAGCUUUCUGCUCGAUUUUCUUACACUGGUAAAGGAAUUUUUCAUCUUAAGUUUAAUGUACUAAAAUCCAUAUGUGAGAGACACUCGCAGAGAAUGGGUAAAAUCUGAAGAUUGGGAUAGUGAUUAGUCCAAAUUGUUGAGCUCACUUUGUGUUAUUAUAGAAUGUUCCCUUAUUAUAGAAUGUUCCCUACUAUAAGUACAUCAGAAUGUGUUUAACUGGCUGAUUGUGAUACUGUCUAAAUUGCUACACUUCUAGACACCGUUACUUGUAGUGCAAGUAGUAUAUAAGGAGGACUUCCUUACACUGUUUUUAAAAGUAUUCUCUUUUAACCCCUCCCUUUUCUUUUCUAGAUCUUCCAUAGAGAGUGAGCCAGCACUUGUUUUAGGACCAUUAAAGUCUGUAGAAGAAUUACGCAGGGAGCAACAGAUGGCAGAAAUUGAAGCACGCAGACAAGAGAGGGAAAAGGCUGGUUCUGAAGAGGCUGAUGUGCAACCACCUGUCCAUGAAGUGGUGGAAGAACUGCAGGGGCCUUUUUCUUAUGAAUUCUCCUACUGGGCUAGGUGAGUUCUGCUACAUAAUACCCCAAGCAAACGCAAUUGUUUCUGAUAAACUUUAUUUUACAAGUUUAAUUUACAUUAUUACAUUUUAGGUAUUACUCUAUUUAAGAUAAUUGUGUUGUAAGUAGAAAAAAAAAACAUACUCCACCAGUAUGUAGAGGAAUGAUCUUGAAACAACAUAAAUCAAAGGCACAAAAAACAGAAUUGUAUAACUCAAAGAAAGUCUAUCUGAGCCAGUGUGCUAAGCCCUGCACUGCAUCUCCUCCCUCUAUGCCCCACCGCGUCUUCCCCUAUGUCAGCACGUACAUACAUGCUUAAAAGAAAUUGAAACAUAUCUUAUUCCAAGAGCCGUGAGGGUCUGCCGGUGCUGGCCCCGCCCCUGUUUCACCUUCUUGGUGACAUAAUUGGAUUGGCUAAAUUUGGCAUGGGAGUGGGGCCAACGCCGUUUUGACCAGUCAGCAUCUCCUCAUAUAGACGAGGUCGUGUUUGCAUGAAAAUGCCUGCAUAUAAUGAUUAUACUCGUUCUGGUGACUAUAGUGUCCCUUCAAGACGGUCCUAGUUCCUUGGACCAAACCCUGAUCUCUAGAGCACCUUACAAGGUGCAUGUACGUAUAUAAUCAUUCUGCACUAUGUUCCUUGACUUAGAACUUAAGUCCUAAUGGGGACAAGAAAGUGUGAAUUUUAUCUUUGCUCCUUACUUUCGGGUAGAGUGUCGCUAGUGGGGUCCAGAUAGGAAUGUGAAACUUUCACAGAUAUGAGUCCUGGUACAGUUAUGGUAGCGUAGACAUUUGUCUUUAAUAAUUACUUUAUGUGCUUGCUUUGUAGACCUGGGGAAAAAAUCACAGUAACUCCAUCAUCCAAAGAACUGCUUUUCUACCCACCGUCCGUGGAGUCUUUUGUUAGUGGAGGUAAAAUUAUUUUAAAAACCCAAUUAACUAAAUUUUGAAUUUGCUGUAAACUACCAGCAGAAUAAAAGCAAAUCUAAAUCCAGUCUUCAGCAGUACAGUUGUUUAUCUUUGAUUUAUGUGUGUGUGUGUGUGUGCGCAAUUUUUAAUUGCUGCCUGUGACUACAAAUUUUAUUUUCACAAUUUAGAAAGCUGUCCUGGGAAGAUGAUCCAUAUUCAUGGAAAGGCUGGUUUGUUCAUUGAAGGACAGAUUCACCCAGAGCUGGAAGGUGUUGAAAUUGUGAUCAGUGAAAAGGGAGCAGCAUCACCCCUUAUAACUGUUUACACAGAUGAUAAAGGUUCAUAUAGGUGGGUGCAAUGAUUGGUUAAUAGAAACCCCGUUGGUAUAAAUACAUACUGGUCAUAAUGUUUUGUGUUUUUUUUUUUUGGAUCAACCGCAGAAACAGAUGUGUGAAAGUCUGCACAUGAUGGACGCAAUUCAUUUUUUCAGACUAUAUAAUUAUUUAACUAUGUAUGGCAGAAGAACUGUUGCCUUCAGUAAUCUGCAAUGGAAAGUUGUAAUAGGAACAUAAAAAUAUUUGGGGGGUGAUUUUAUACAUGUGUUUUCAUGUAUUAUCAAUACAGUCAUGUCUAACUAUUGGUUCUCCAACUUUUUUAAACUACAUUUUCCAUUAUGCACAGAUGGUCCUUAAGAACUGGGGUACUAAAUCUAGCCAUGAAUGUUCCACAAACAUUAAUGUUGAAUUUGUUUGGGUUCAUUAUCAACUGUUCUUUCCAUGUAGUUCUGUUUUGUAGCACCUGUAAAUAAUUUCCCUUAAAAAAUUCUUACAUUCCAUUUUGUCUGUUACGUUUUAAUCCUUGUCUUAAAUUUUUUACGUUUUUACUCAUGUUGCUCACACAUUUCUACUGCUUCGCUAUUUCUGUUUUCCUUCUUUUAUAGUGUUGGACCAUUACAUAGUGACUUGGAGUACACUGUUUCGGCUCAAAAAGAAGGUUACGUUUUGACUGCUGUUGAUGGAACUGUAGGAGAAUUUAAUGCAUUUGCCCUUGCAGGAGUUACAUUUGAGGUAUGAUUCAGAAUCAUGUCGAUUUACCUGUCUUCCCUUUCUGUACUAAUUUGCAAAAGCUAAUUGUCACUAUUUUACCAUUCAUAGAUCCGGUCUGAAGAUGGGCAACCUCUUGCAGGAGUUCUCUUGUCUCUUAGUGGGGGCAUCUUUCGUUCAAACCUCCUUACUCAGGAUAAUGGGAUGUUAACGUUUUCAAAUCUGGUAAUGUAUAUUUUAUAACCUCUAUUUCAUUUUCUUGGGUAAACAUCAGUGGUGGUCUUAAAUCGAAUUACAAUUUCAAGGUGUAUUAUUAAAAAAAAUAUAUAUGCAAAAUCAGCAGCCAUCUUACUGUUUCAGCAGACAUGCAAGAAUAUAUAGAUAUAUAGAUUUAAUAAACAUUGCUUGUGAGGGGAUAUUUACAGUCAGUCUUCAGUUUAUAGUGCAUUUCUCACAUGCAAAAUUCUAAUGGUAUUGGUAAUGGUGCACACAACUGAUAUUAAAGGGCAUUAAAGGAACACUGUAUGUUAGGAAUACGAAUUCACAACAUUAUAAUAUCCUCUUCCUUGUAGUAUUAGGUCAUCCCAACCCCCUGUUUGACUUGAAAUGUUUCCAGUGCCAAGGCUCUCACAGUGCUGCUCACCUGUCCUCCCCAGGUGCCCUCACAGGACCUGGGGAGGACAAAUGCAGUGCUUCUCAUAGAGAGACCUAAUGCGCAUGUGCGGCGCAUGCCUUCACAUUCAAACUUUCCCAUCGGAAUUAGGCUGGUUACCCCCUUGGCUUUCAGACAACAGAUUCUGUUACUUCCUUGUUUGGUUGGCUUAGUGCAGCUUAACUCAAGAGGCAGCAAUUUCUCAGAGUACCUGACUUGCACCUGACUUCUCAUUGAGCUGUAUUGGGAAGUCUGUUAUUGGACAGCCACUGAAAGUUUGGGCAGAGUUAGACAAGAAAACUGCAGUUUUUACAAUCUGUUUUUACAUAAACCCCCAAUUAAAAACUUGCAUGCAUUUAAUUAUUCAUUUCUUUAAUUGGUGUACAUAUACUUAAGUGAUUUUUAUUUAUGUUGUAUUUGGGCAGUGGAGGGUCCUUUUAACAUUGCCAUUGCAGGGUUAAGGGGACAAGGACACUGCACCCAGGCCAUUUAAUUGAGAUGAAUUGGUCUGGGUGACUAUAAUGUUCCUUUAUAUUUCAUCUAUACUUUGUGUGGAAAUGCUCUUUAAAACUCUGGUUUGUCCGCACUUGUCAAUCAAUCCUCCAUAUAUUCCAAGCUUGAUAAUGAACGCUGAUGUGCCAGCAGUGAGAUCUGCAUUUUAGCCUUAUUAGGGAGAGUUGCGUUUCUUUGUAAAAUAUUCCAAUGCAGAGCCAAUUAACUCAGAGUGGGCCAGCAGUAAGGUUGUAAGAGAGGUGGAUGCUGUAGUAAUAGUAUGACACCAUCAGACCUGACAGUGUAGGCAAGUAACAACUUCCAGAGCUAAUAAAUAUAUCAUUUAUUUUUUAGAUAAAUUCUAUAUUUGCUGCUUAACCCCUUAAGGACCAAACUUCUGGAAUAAAAGGGAAUCAUGACUUGUCAUGUGUCCUUAAGGGGUUAAAAUAGAUUUAUUUAUAAUAUAUUGAACACUCUAUAAUUUUUUUUAUUUUAAGAUUUUUGGGGGGUUCUUACCUGUAAUCAAGCAGCCGAAUGACCUCAUUGCAGCUCCACUCUGCGUCUGGGAGAUCAUUAGCGGUGUUGAUCUCCAUGGGAAUUGUCCAUUAACAGAGCUCUGCAAAAGAAAAUGUGAGAAGUCUGUGCUUUCCAAAUACAAUUAGUUUUUUUUUUUUUGUGUGUGCAAUUUACUUGGUUCUUUGGGUAAAUUAAUAUUAGAUCAAUGAAAAAUACAAUGCAGACCUUCAGUAAUCCCCUCUUGAGCACAUCUUGGAGUAACCCAUCAAAGCAGAAAUAAUCAAUAUUCCAGGUCUAAGCAUUCCAAAGAGGAACAAAAUAGCAGGGUUUGUAAUGAUAAACUGAUUAGUCAUCCCAAAAUAAAAAUAUCACAACAUAAAAAAUAUAUGGCCGACCAACGGUACAACAUUCACAGAUAUAGCAACUAGACCUAUGGAGAUGAAGAAAAAAUAAGACGUUACCACAUGCCUAAACGACGCGUUUCAUAUCUAAACGGAUACUUUAUCUACAGCUAUACCAACCUGCUAGUGAAUAAGCUAUACGUACCUAUCAUCACACACUCCCUCAGAUGCAACCAUUAGAUAAUUUACCCCUGCUGGUUCAAAACAAGACUAAUUAGAAUAUUAAAGGGACACUGUAGGUACCAAAACAACUUUAGUUUAAUUAGGCAGCUGUGGUGUAUAGAUCAUGCCUCUGCAGUCUCACUGCUCAUUUCUCUCCCCUUCUCUAUCUCUCAAUCUUUCUCCCCUCAACUCCCACUUGCUCUUAAUUUAACUUCCUCUCUGUUAGUUUUCCUCUCUCCCCUAUUUUCACAUUCCCUUUCAUCUCUCCCGAUCUAUUUUUUUUUUUACCCUGUGUUUUUAAUACAUUCUAUUAUGUGGGUGCCAGAAUCUUCGGCAGAAAAUUAACACAUUGAUAUAAUUUAAGUCUAUGUAAAAUAAUUACUUUGCUUUCUUUGCCGUUUCCCCCAAAUCAUCAUGUACUGCCUUGAAAAUUAGCUUUUUGCACCAUAUGAACACAUAUGUGAUAUAGAGAAUAGCCAAUAUUUUAUUUGAAAUAAAUGAGUAAUGUUAACUGUGUCCUUUUGAAAUGAUUCACUUACUGUCAGAUCAAUAUCCUCUUAGAUGUAAUAGCAUUGUUAGUGAAUCAUGCAUGUUUUUUUCCCUGUCAGUAGAAGCUCCGAUACCAAUACUUCUCCUUCUCCUCCGCUUAAUGUUCUCAAAUUGAUAUGUAAUCUGUCAUCAUGUACGUUUUCCCUACUGUAAAAGCACAGACUCGUCAUUCUUCUCAUUGUUCCUAAGGAGCUUUAUAAAGUGUCUUGAAAUGUUUACUUUUUUAGCAGAACGCCUUGAAUUACAUAAUUGCUUUCUUAGCACUCAACACAUUGAAAGGAUAUGAUCCGUACAAAAUGAAAACCUUUAUUUUUAAGUGUUUACAUUUUACUAUGAAAUGCUGUUUCUGCCAUUGUUGUUUAGAAGCCCUAUCUUCUCCUGUGUCACUCAGCAUUAAGUACUCUUUAUGCAGCGGGAGCAGUUGUUACAUGACCCUGCACUCAGUAUGAACACUGAGAUCAAGAACUGGCUUUUUAAACCAGCUAUGUUGUGAUUUUAACUUCUGAACAAUGAUACUCUCCCUGUUAGCAAAAGGAAUUUCUGUCUCAGAACAUAAAGAGAAAUCCAAGAAGUUUGAACACAUUAUGUUGCAUUAUAUAGACGAUUGACUCUUAGACGGGCAUUCUAGUCCAGACAAUCACUACAGCUCUCUCUUGGUGGUUAGGCUACAUGUAGAGCUUGAGGAUUAUCCCUGAUUUAAUGUCAAACAGUUUACAGACAACAUAGACCAGAGUUCUCCCUGAUGUUGACGGAAUACCCUCUUCUUGGCAUUGAUUGGCUUAGAGUGUUUGGCUAACCCAGCCUACAGGUUGGACGAAUUGGACACUGAUAAUGUCCAAGUUGUAAUUUAAAAUUAUCAGUGAGACCAAGGUUGUGGGAUACCAGGGGACUCUAAGCAGAAUAUCCCCUAAGUCCUACAGCUGGGACUUCUUUAACACUCCAAUGGAAGAUUGAAUUUUUAUAAUUAUUGAAGAAUGGGUCUUCAGGCUAAUCAUAUGUACAAAACUUGGGCACUGAUAUGUUGAUUGUGGCCAAACUGCCCAUUCAAGAGCAACCUGUGGUUAAAGUGCAUUUUCCUGUGAAACAAGAAUCAGAAGCUCGUAUCAAAUCUACCUUUUAUAUUCUAUGCAGAAUGUGUGUAUAUGGCAUCAUAAACAGAGCCAUGAUGGUUUUUAGCUUUCUAUUUAUUUAAAAAAUGUUUUUCCAAUGAUUCUGUCUGGUGCAUUCUUGGACCUUUGGCAACAACUCCUUUACCACUUAAUAUUCUUUUAAACUGGGCCUCAAAACAUUUUGAAUAGUGAAUCUGUAAGUAAUGUUCACGUGUUUCAUUCAAUGUCCUGUACCCUAUUCUCAGAGCCCGGGGCAGUACUAUUUUAAGCCUAUGAUGAAAGAAUUUCGUUUUGAGCCCUCCUCCCAAAUGAUAGAAGCACAAGAAGGAGAGAACUUGAAGAUUACCAUCACCGGCUACAGGACAGCCUACAGGUCAGUCUAUAAACCCGCAUUAUUGAGCAAAAUGAAGAGCAAGAAACAUAGGGCAUGGAAUGAUGUAACUGUGAUGGCAGUGGAAGGAUGUGGAACAUUCUAAAUCAGGCCUGCCCAACAGGUAGAUCCCCAGGUGUUGUAGAACUACAACUCCCAUGAUGCUUUGCAUGCCUUUAGAAUGACAAAGCAUCAUGGGAGUUGUAGUUCUACAACAUCUGGGGAACAGGUAGAUCCCCAGAUGUAGAACUACAACUCCCAUGAUGCUUUGUCAUUCUAAAGGCAUGCAAAGCAUCAUGGGAGCUGUAGUUCUACAACAUCUGGGGAUCUACCUGUUGGGCAGCCCUGAUAAUGUAGAAUUAAAGUACAAGUAAAGAACUCAAAGAUCAUAAAAAUAUAUGAAGGGUCCUGUUUACGUUUUAGCUUAGAAGCGAUUAAGUGCAAAUUGUAGAACAUGUGCCCUGGAGCAAUGAGUCAGUGCUGUAUCUUCCUGUUCCUUUUGUCUUCUUACAGUUGUUAUGGAACAGUGUCUUCUCUUAACGGUGAACCCGAGCAAGGUGUGUCAGUGGAAGCAGUUGGACAGAACGAUUGUUCCAUUUAUGGGGAAGACACACUCACAGAUGAGGAUGGGAAAUUUAGGUUACGUGGACUUAGGGUGAGUUUGAUUGCCUCAUUUUUCGUAUAAGUUAGCAGCUGAUAUUUGGUUUCUGAUUGCAAAGCAGAUAUUUUCCUUUGUUCUAAAUUGUGACUGCAUGGAAAGAGGGAGAAGCCUUUAAUGAACCAACUGUUAACCAAUCUCACAAGGGCUCAAAUAGCACUAAACAUGACUUGCCAUCAGAAAUGCACAUGUUUUGGUUUUUAAAUUGGCACUUAAAGCGGCUCUGCCACUUCUCAGUAUUUUAUAAAGAUAUAGUUGUUAGGAAAUACUAACGCUGACUGCAUUGGAAUGUCAGUGAAAUUCAAUCCAUAGAUACCAGAAGACCUUGUUUGUCUAAUUGGCAGCUCUGAGGUUGAUAAAAGGCAGAGCUCUGCCAUCACGUUUCUCCAAUCCUUGCCGCUAUUUCAAGUGAUGGCUGUGGGUUUCAAGGAUCGUCUCGUUCAUCGCGAGCCUUGAUCUAAGAAGGCUUGCUUGGUCAUCCAUAGACCUCAGUGUAGUAUUCUCAUGGCACCUGGCAGAUGAAGCAUCAGCAGCCUAAGAAGGCCUGGUGGAAGAAUAUAGCAAUGGUCACAACAGACCGUUUCAGACAAGUAAACCUACCUUCCCCUGCACCACACGGCCACCGAACCCUAACCAGAGAUGUUGCCUUCGUAGAACAAAGACCCCCUCAAAAGUGAUAGAUCCAGUUUAAAACCCUUAAAUCUCUGGCAGAUGCCACAACUCUUUUGCUAAUCAAUUGUAAGUUUGUUCGAUGGCAACAGAAGCAUUUUACUGUCAGAAAUCGUUAACAUAGAACAGAUGCAGUGUUUGCUGAUUAUAAAAAAAAUAAUAAAAAAAAAAAUAGAAACCAUAAAUCCACUUUAAAAUGUAUCAUCCCUUGGAAAAAUCCCCAAGGGAUAUAGCAGGUUCCAUUUACAGGUAAUUGUGGCAUACUACGGCUCACUCCCACAACAUGAGUAAUGAAAGUGCAAUGACGUAAAGUCUACAAGUGUAACAGCAUAUAUAAGCAUCAUGCUGAAUCACUGUUAAUAUGGAAAAUAGUUUAAAUAAAAUAUGUAUUCCAUGAGCUGGCAACAGCAAAAUAAUGUAGAAGGAUGAAGACAAACGUGUCAUUGUGCCAUUUUGUGACCCACAUAUUGCAUAAAUUAAGUCUAAUUUACACAUGUGGUCUGCAUGGUAAUGAUAUCCUUCUCAUACUUUCUUACAAUUCUAUUAAAUUGCAUAGAAUUUCAUAGGAAGUGCAGUUUGUAAGAAUCUAUGGAGCUGAGCUUGGCAAUCACUGGAGUAGAUCAGUUUCACUGCAUUCUCUACCCAUGCACUAAAGACUGUUGAGAUUACAGACUCUCACUACAACUGGGGUAGGCAGUGAUCAGUACACCAGUUGUUAUGGACUACAUUCCCCCCUCAAUGUUUUGCCAGCAUUGCAGCUGUAAUAGCAUUAUGGAAGAUCUAGUCCACAAAGUCUGGAGUGCCAAAGGUUGCCCUACCCCAUUACAGCUCCUUAUGUAGAUUCUGUAUUUAAAGGGACACCAUAGUCACCAAAACCAGUUUAGCUUAAUGGAAUCGUUUUAGUGUAUAGAUCAUGCCCCUGCAGUCUCACUGCUCAAUUCUUUGCCAUUUAAGAGUUAAAUCACAUUGCUUCUGUUUAUGCAGCCCUAGCCACACCUCCCCUAGCUGUGACUGACACAGCUUGCAUGAAAAUAACAAAGGUUUCAUUUUCAAUUAGAUGGAACUUACUUUAAAAGUUUGUAUCUCCUGUAGAGUCUAGAAAGCUAUAAACAGAGCAGGAUAUAAGAAAUUAUACAUUAAACAGAAUUUGCAAUAAAGGAAAUAUAAACAUUAGGUGACUCUUUACAGGAAGUGUUUAGGAAGGCUUUGUAAGUCACAUGCAGGGAGGAGUACCUAGGGCUGCAUAAACAAAGUGAUUUAACUCCUAAAUGGCAGAUAAUUUAGCAUUUAUACUGCAGGGGCAUAAUCUAUACACAAGGACUUCUUAAUUAAGCUAAAGUUAUUUUGUGACUAUAGUGUCCCUUUAACCCCUUAAGGACACAUGGCAUGUGUGACAUGUCAUGAUUCCCUUUUAUUCCUUAAGGGGUUAAAGAAAAAAUUAUUUCAGGUGGGGCACAAGCUCCUUCUCUGUAAGCUGUUGAGACAUGUAAAAGAGUUAUAUUUGGGUGAGUUAGUUUUACCAUGACUUGUCAGAGUCAGAGGCUGGGCCUCUAGCAUUUGUUGUUUUGGGGAUCAUCACUUUUCUUUUUGUUUGGAAACUGUAUGCUGUAAAUGAUGCAAAGAGUAUAUAAGUUCGUAUGAUACCUUGUAUGUUCUUUUAAAGCAACACCUAUGGUGUUCUUGUACAUAGCAAAUCAGCAGUUUACAUAAAAUGUCUUAAACACAGAAUGCAUUUUUUUGCAUGUAUUCUAUGUUGCCACUUUACUUCUCUUAAGAUCUUGUACACCAGACUCAUGACCAUGGCUGUGAUUGUACGUCCUUGUCUUUGCAGCCGGGCUGUGUCUAUCAUGUGCAGCUAAAAGCUGAGGGAAAUGAUCAUAUUGAACGUGCUCUGCCAUCUUAUCGGGCAAUAGAUGUGAGUAUUAACGCUAUGUAACAUGGUCCAACGUUCUUCUUUAUUUUUUAUAUAUUCGUAGAAAUGUUUUAAUUGGUAACGAUGAAGGCAGUGACAUGCGGAGACACGCAGGUCCCCUAAACAGUAAACAUGUAAGUCGAAGUGGCGAGAUAUGCAGAUCUCUCAGCUGUAAUAACAAAACAGGAGGCACGCAGGUCUUGAAUCAGAAACACCCUGCAAAUCAUCAUAACCGUUUGAACUAUAAGACCUCAGUUUCAUGUGUGUAGUCUGUUCUUUGCCAAUCUGCCCAUGUGGUGUGAGAUUAUCCAGGUUAUGGGUAAUUAGGCUCUAUGCAUGUAGGUCCUCAAAUGCAGGGGUAACUAAUAAUCUGUUAUCGCAGCUCUGCGUCUUUAUAUUGCAUCAGGCCUUGCAUUGAAAGCUGGUGAACACAGGCUGCCAUCCGGUGAGAUGUAUGUCUGUUAUAUCUAUUCUAUGGAUUAUCUCUAGUAGACAUUAUGCUCUGGGGUCCUUACAUGCAGUGUUAAUUUUGGCAGCAAAUGUCAGUUUAAUUUUAGUAGAAGUUUUAAAAAGCCGUUUUAGUCGACUAAAAUUGUUAGUCGACAAAAUUAACACUGUUUGCAUGCACAUAUAUUUUUUUAAAUUUUACAUUGCAAUUAAUGUAAUGUGAGGAGGGGUGGAACAUUGUGAAAGUAUCAACAAAUCGGGUUUACUGAAGGUGAAAGUGGCAUACAUAUAGCUAAAGGUAAGUUGGGGGUCAGGCUGCAUGUUGGAUUCAUCCAAAAGGUUCCUUUGAUAUGUGUAUGGUUCAAGAGCGCUUCACACAACUUAUACCAGAAUAGAGGCAUGGUCUCAUUUAUCAUUGUGAGAGAUGCCCUCUGCCAUGUGAAAGCUCACACUUAAUGUGUAUCUUUCAGGCAUUAAUGGCAUUUCAUCACUCUAUAUUAAAUCUAACAUUUCUCAAAUCCCAAGUCUAGUGCAUAGAGGACAUCUUGAUUUUAGGUUUUGACAUUUAAAAAUGGCAAUGGCAAAUGUAUACACGUGUAUGUACCCAACCCGUUGUCUAUUUAGCAUUUUGAGUUAUUUAUUGUCUUCGAUAUACCGUGGGUAGAUGUGAUUGAACCCACCAUGACUAACGUACGAGUGCAGGCAGCAGCAAAUUUCAUUCCAAGUAUAUUUUAAAGCGAAGACUGAGACAAAGGUCAGGACCAUCAAAUACCUAUAAAAUGUAGGAUUUCUGAUAAACCUUGGUUUAAUUAAUAACCCUGUUUCUGAUAUAUAAAUGGACAUUCAUUUGACGUACAUCUCCUUAACCCAUCCACCAUCUUGAAUUCAUUAAUAAGUAUCUUACAGAUGAUUUCAUUACUUACUUUUUCUUUACUUUUAAUUCUUUACUUAUUUUUGACUUGCGACAUUUACAUUUGCUGACAAUUUUGUAAGUGAAACAUAGAAUGAUAUUUUAAUAUUCAUCUGGAGCUGACUUUAAUGCCAGGUCACUUUAAAAAUUAAUAAAAUUAAGCCCUAGUUAAUUUGAGUACUGGUACAGGAGCCAUUAUAUAAAAAGCAGCCUGCGUGGCAAUGAGUUUUGCAAUAACCGCUCCAAAUUAAAAUGGAGAUGUAGUUAUUAUACAUCUUUACGAUUUCAAGAUAUGAGUAGUUCAGCAGUUUCCAUGAUUCAUUAAAAUCUCAAAAACCUUCCCUCAUUUAAAGUGAGUUUUGCCCUCCCUAGAUUUUGAAUAAAAAAAAAAAAAGCAUGGUAGUUAAAAUUAUAUUUGAUAUCCAUUAAAGGACCACUCUAGGCACCCAGACCACUUCAGCUUAAUGAAGUGGUCUGGGUGCCAGGUUCCUCUAGGAUUAACCCUUUUUUUUUAUUUUUUAUUUUUUUAUAAACAUAGCAGUUUCAGAGAAACUGCUAUGUUUAUAAUAGGGUUAAUCCAGCCUCUAAAGCCUCUAGUGGCUGUCUCAUUGACAGCCGCUAGAGGCGUUUGCGUGCUUCUCACUGUGAAAAUCACAGUGAGAAGACGCCAGCGUCCAUAGGAAAGCAUUGUAAAUGCUUUCCCAUGAGACUGGCUGAAUGCGCGCGCAGCUCCUGCCUCGCAUGCGCAUUCAGCCGAAGAGGCGGAGAGAAGGAGAGCUCCCCGCAUGGCGCAGGAAAAAAGGUUUAACCCCUUUCCUCGCCAUCCAGCCCGGCGGGAGGGGGUCCUUGAGGGUGAGGCACCCUCAGGGCACUAUAGUGCCAGGAAAAUGAGUGUUUUCCUGGCACUAUAGUGGUCCUUUAAAGUAUUUGACGAGUAAAGUGUUUCACAAAGCACAACAUUUUCUGACUCUGUCUUUAUAGGUUGGCAGUACUGAUAUUGACGAAGUAAACAUUAUCGCCUUCCGUCAGAUAAACCAGUUUGACAUCAGUGGAAAUGUUAUCGCUCCUUCUGAAUACCUGUCAACCCUGUUGGUAAGUGUCACCGCAAUUCAAAUGCAGUAGUCAAAAGUACGUUUUUGUACAGCCAGCUAGAUAUGUUGGCGAUAGGUUGUGCUUUAUUUUUGUAAAAGAUUUUUUAAAAAUUUUUUAAAAUUAACAAUAGUUUUUAUUUUAUAAUUGACAUUGCUUUCUUGGCUGCCUUUGUACAUUUAUGCUAUAUAUUUUGCGUUGCUUCAACAUGUCAUCAGCGUAGAAAGUGGUUAUAAUGAGAAGAUAUCCUUCUCAAGCACAAACCAUUUCAAAUUUUUUGGCUAAUUCCCCCACACCUCCCAAAAAACACCUUAGACACAACAGGAUAAUCCCUAAAUUCUGGACUUGUGGGGUUGCCUUUAGGACUGGUUUAGGAACCACUGGGCUAAUUAACUGAACAGUUAUUGUCAGUGGUUUUUUUUAAUUCUUGAAUUCAGAAAUUGUCAGAUGGUUUCGCUAAAGUGUUGACAGCUCUCCUUCAGAAGGCUGGCCUACUUAACGUUUAUGUAUAGGACCCUUUUUCACUGAACAGAUACUAGUAAAACUACCUCAUUGGUAGUUGUUAACAUGUUAAUAAUGAACACAUGAAAGAUUAAUCUUUUCCCAAAAGUCUGAAAUAUACAAUUUGUUGUUUCUAUGUCAAAUAGUGUACAUAUGUUUCCUCUUUUAGGUAAAACUUUACAAAAGUGAUAAUCUUGACAAUCCAAUACAGUCUGUAUCUUUGGGGCAAUCACUGUUUUUCCACUUUCCACCUCUGCUCCGAGAUGGAGAGGUAAAUAUAUUCUCUUAUUUUCUUAUGUAUUAUGUAGUUACAUUUUGAAUAUAAUUUCCUAUAGGUUGCAUUUUUUUCCCACUUCCUAGAAUUAAACCUUGUCAGGCACAUAACCCAUGAAAGGGUAGAGAUAUAUGGAGUUGAUUGUCCUGUGAUUGGACAGCACGGAAAGUCUGUGAUUGGACAGCAUGGAAAGUCUGUGCUGUGGAUGAAGGGGGAGGGAUUACGAAGGUAGCAGACAAGAGAACUGCAGGUUUUGCAAGGUGUUUUAGAUAGACCCCCAAUAAAAAAUUAAAUUAAUGCAAGUUUUCAUUUAGUUUAUUUCUACAAGAAGCAGAAAGAUAUGAUUCCUAAUGGUCGGAAUCUAUAGUGUGUCCAUAGAACCUUAAAUAGGGGGGUAACCCUUAUAGUGUUUACAAAAAUAAGACUGAAGGUAAUCCCUAGCAAAGUGAGCUAUGGGAGUACCAAAUUAGAAAAAGCAUCUAUGGUUAUGCACUAAUGUUAAAUUAAAAAAACCUUUAUUGUAGGGUUUAUGUUCCCCAAAAAGAGAAAAAAGGAAACUUAAAAAACCAUCACAUCUAAAAAACACACACAGGGAAGAACUCCGUCGGUAUAUAUGUUUGGGGAACCUAAACCCUACAAUAAAGGUUUUUUUUAAUUUAACAUUAGUGCAUACCCAUAGAUCCUUUUUCUAAUUUGGUACUCCCAAAGCUCACUUUGCUAGGGAUUACCUUUAGUCUUUGUUUAUUUCUACUAAACAGUUAUUUUAUUUUAAAAUUUUAUAUUUGGGCAUUGGAAUGUCUCUGGAAAUAAUAAUUACAAGUUAAUUUCCUGCACCUAGACUCCUUCGUUGCUUGACUGCUGACGCCUUCCACAAGCCCAUCCAAUCCCGUGCUUCUCUUAGAGAAGCUUUGGAUUAGAGAUAGGCAAGCAUUUGAUUACAGAGCAGAGUUUCACUCUAUUUUGGAAGUAAAAGUGGCUUCAGGAAGACUGCUGCUAGAGGUGUUUUUUACCCUUCAAUGUAAACAUUGCUCUUUCUACGAAACUACGUUUUUUACAUUGCAGAGUUAAAAUGACAGGACAACUGCACCCAGACCAAUUCAUAGAGAUCAAGUGGCCUUGGUGACUUUAGUUGGCCUUUAAAUACAGUCUAUAUGAAAGCUUCUUAUGUGCAAUUGGGAACAUUGUAACCAUUUUGAAUAAUAUUAAUAAUCUGUUUUUUUACAUAAGUUUCUCUAGGACUUGUUUUCACCGAACUAACAUAUGUUACUUUUUUAUUUAUUUAUUUUUUAUUUGCAUGUAUAUAGCAUGGAUAAUAGCCACAGCAAAGUAGUAAACAUCACAGCAGGUGAUAUCCAAAAAACAAAACCAUAAACUGCACGUUUUUAUUUUAUUUAUUUGUUAGAGAAAUAACAUUGUGGUUCGGUCAAUGCAUUGAGGUCCAGAUCGUUGGUAAAAAAGCAGUGAGGCAUAUCCUUUGGACCACAAAAGGUUUUUAAUCAAGUUGGUCAGACUGAACGUGUUUAUGUGGUUUGAUAGUGGAUAGAGUGCAAUUAGUCAGGUACAAUGACUUGUAUAGAAACCUGGUUGGUCCACACGUUCCUUAGUGAGUAUGUGAUGCAGGUUGUCAGGCAUCUGGAAACAAUAAGUCAAUGUUAACUGGCCGUGUGUAGAUGUGAUAGAUGAAGAAUUAGGUACCCCUGGACUAUAGGUCCGCCUAAUGUGGCUGCUUCUAGCUAUGCCUGGUGACAAACGUGUGGUAUAACCAGAGAAAAAUCACAAGUUAAAAAAAACCUGUUACUUUUACUUAUCAUAAUGGUACUUAUGUUUUUAAUCUUAAAAAUAUUGAUAUUCUGAGCUCAUCCUGCUAGAUAUUAAACUUGUGAUCCUGAGGCUUGAACAGGCACCACAUUUGGUACAUUUACCACGUGAGCUAGACACAUAAGUGUCUAGCAUCAUUUUUCAUCAUACAUUGUUAUUGGUGGUCCCGCUCUCCCAUGGCAGAUGGUUUUAUUAAAUGAACAUGGACAGCUUGUGAAUUUUGCCAAGGCGGUUUUUGUGGAAGGUAUUUAGAUGUGAAAGGGAAAUGUGACUUGAUAUACAAUCAUCUUUAUUAAUUAAAUUUUCUUCCUCUCUUUCCACUUACAGAAUUAUGUUGUGCAAUUGGAUUCUUCUUUACCAAAAUCACAGUAUGACUACAUACUGCCUCACAUCUCCUUCAACACUCUUGGAUAUAACAAACACAUCACAUUGCUGUUCAGCCCUACGGUUCGUUUCCAAUAAUUACUAAGAAUGUUUCUGGUUGCAGCGUAAAAUGACAUGAAAUAUCUCUGUUGUACAGAGGAAUACUGAAUAUCUAUAAGAAUACAAUACAUCGCUGUUGCACUAUGGGUUUUUGCGUGUAAGCUUUGCUAGUGAAAUAUGUUUUGUGUUAUGGUCCCUUGUAAGAUAGAUCUGCUAUACCCCCCUCCCCCUCGCAUCAGACAUGUCCCAUUGAAAUACAAUUUGGCUUUUACACACCUUUUCAGCACUGUGGCUCCCUCAGCGCUACUUAUCUCUCCUACUCAUCUAAAUCAUGGUGGAGGCAUUGCUUCCUCUGGAAUGGUUUUUGAUGAGUAUGCUCGUCAGGUCCCCAAUGCUCCUCUACAGACUUCCCAGUUUCAAAGCAUUGUAUCAGUGCUUUCCUAUUCGAGUUUGCCCAUCAUGUGACUGAGUUUGACUCUGUCAGCGCCGUGGAAGGGCCACCAGUGGAUUUUAGCCACUGGAGGUGUUUUGCCUAAAAGGUUUACAUUGAUAGAGCCACUGCACCCAGGCCACUUCUUUAUCCUGGACCUGGGUUCCAUGGCAAUCAGUGUUAUAAGCUGUGUCUUGUGGACAUAGCUGUUUGUAUAGAGAAAACAUACAGAGAGAAAUGAAACUGUGCAAUGUUUGCCCUGACUUUGCCAUGUCUGAAUUGGAGUAUGAUGUAAUUAGUUAAAUCAUUAAUAUAAAUGUAGAGGGAAAUGGAGCACGUUGUAUCAAUAAGAUUAACCGUAGAUGAUUUUUAAUGUUUUAAUUAGUGGCCUAAGUUCCAGAGAAAUGACAGAUCCUCUUUUUAAAAUGUUUUUUUUUUUUUAAUAAAUAGAUAUCGAUAAAUAUAAUAUCAAUACAAUUAUUACAUAAUUAUUUAGUUGUUUGCAAGAGUUCUGUCUAAAUAUGCCUUUAUUUAUGACAUAAAUGUUUUUUGUAAAGGUGCAUCCCACUGUAAUAUCAAUAUAGAACCGACAGUUGUGAUGGCGAUGAGACUUGGUUGGCAUAUAUUGUCUGUCGAUAAUGAUCUAAUUUGUUUGCUCUUCAGAAUAGCCUUUUGGACAUCUCUAAUAUUCUUGAAUUCCUUAUCUUUGCCUGUGAAUUGUUUGAGGUGUAGGUUGAUCUCUCUGUAACUUUCUUCAUGUUUAUUUGGAUCAUUGGGGAUUUACAUCUGAAUGUGUGAAUUGUCCCUUACCGGCCAACCGUGUGUGUCUUAUUUUUUGUUUUCUAUAUCUUUUGCUUUUCUGUGUCAGACUGUCAUUGACGGUUUCUCAGUCUCAUAACCUGUUUUUGUCUCUUUCUAGGAUCUACAUUUACAUUUGCUAAAAGUAGUUAAUAUUCUAGUUUCUCAUACCUGGGGUGGGAUGUACUUACAUUCGCGAUGUGCUUGUCUGAAUAGGAUUCAUUACGUUAAUGAGUAAAACCAACCUUCAUUUUACUUGCGAGAACAUUUCUUGUACUAUUGAGAGCGAUCAAUGUAUGAUUGUUUUCUGUAAUUGUCCAGCAUUGUUAUGUUUGCAAUUGUGCCUUAUAAUCUUUGCACUUUUGUUUUAAUUAUUGUUUUAAUUUCAUUAUGAUUUAGCGAAAGUUGCCAGAGCAAGAUAUCGUCCAGGGCUCCUACCUGGCUCUUCCCUUGACUCUUCUUCUACUAUUAGCUGCUUAUAAUCAUGAUAAGGUAAGCACAUCCUUUCUCUUUAAACAAGAUGCUGUUACAGAAUGCCAAUCAGACAAACUCAUUUAUAACGUUCCCUUCUGCAUAUUAAUAGUAAUUACUUAGGAACCUGUGUAAUGACCACUGUGCUCACAUGUUCUCAAGUUAUAUAAGAAAACCGGUGCCAGGAGAGAUCUGUUGAAACAUCUGUCACGUUUUGUUUAACUUGACAUGUGUAAAUCGUUUGUGGCUGCAGUGUAGGUCAGACUGUGUCAGAAACUGCAAACUUAUCGAGUGUUUUUGCCAGCUUACGGAAGAGUUUUAUUUUUUUUAUUUUUUUUUAUUUUCAUUUUGAUAAUGCCUCCCUUUGCCUUGAUUAAAAAAACUGCAGAGCAAAAUAUUGGGCAGUGAUGGCUAGAAUUUUCAUUCCAGAUCUAUGUUAACUACAUUUCCCAUAAUGCUCACACUAAUUUAAAUCUACAUUACCUUAAAGGAGCACUCCGCUAACCAAAUACCAAAAAAGAUCCCUAUUUAGUAGUUACACCCAGUGAAAUCAUGCCUUUUUCAUUGGGCAUGUAUCUAAAUACAGCUUGAAAAAAGUGGCAGAUCUCUUGUUUGAAACGUUUGCCAGCCCAGCCCAGACUUCUCAAUGCAGCUAUCCCUUGGUUUUUGCUUUUUAUUGAAAUCUGCACUUUAUGUUCAAUGAAUCAGAGGACAGACUCUUUACACAUAAACACAUAAGCAAGUUAAAGUGCUUUAGGUGUUUGGAGUGUUCCUAUAAGCAAUUAUUCAUCAGCGUAUUGUACACACAUUGCCCUGUUCACCAUAACAUAAUAUUUCAUCUCUUUUACUUAUGUGAUUUAAAUGGACAUCUAAACACAGACUCCACUGGUCCUUGUUUUUGAGUCUGUAUCUAUACACUACAGCCUCUGAUAACAUUUAUUAAAGUACAAAUUGCUUUCCCAGCUUUUAUUAAAUUAAUUGUGAUAUGCUUGAAUAUUUAAAUAAUUUAAUUAUAACCUGAGUAGUCUUGAAGUAGCGUUGCCUGUCUUAAAUCUUUUUCCACUUUCGAUAAAGAAACUCACUUCUCUCUGUGUCUUUCAACCCCGUGUCAGUUGAUUCCCCUGCUGCUGCAGCUGACAAGUCGAUUGCAAGGCGUCCGUGCUCUUGGGCAGACGGGCACAGACGCUGGCAGCCCAGAGGAUGCUAAAAGACUUCCAAAAAGACAAAAGACACGUAGAACGUGAAGUGAGAAGAAGGUAUAACAGCAUGAAGUGUCAUCAGUGUCACAUCUGGACCCUCGGGGCCAUGCUAUGGGAACUGUAGAAUCUACAGACUUCAAAUUCGGUCUUUUUAUAAAUGUUCUCUUUUCCAGCACAUCAUGGCAUUUGUACAUUUUUUUAAUGUAUAUAUAAAAACAUUUUUUUUCCAAAAUUGAAGUGAACUUUUUAAAUAAACACAUAUCCACACUUUUGAUGACAAUUUUUCCAGUGGAGAUUUUUUUUUUCUGUUGAAUACUGCCUAGCCACUGCUCAAGACAAAUUAAUUUAUCCUUCAAUCUGUUUUAUUUUAUUUUUGAGAAAGCUCUCAUAAAGCAUGCCAGGGUGACCUAUUUUAAAUACACUGUAAUAUCUAACAGCUGAGUUGUCCACUGCCUUCCUAAUGAUGUUGACUUAAAAGCUUCCAUGAGCUAUAGAGCCUUAAUGGUAAUAAUCGUUCUCCAUAAACACUAGUAUUUGUUGAAUAUUUUCUUCGUAUGGAAGCACAGUCGCAUGCUAUAAUAUACUUUCAUGAAUAUUCAGUAAAGUAAGAAGUCAAGGUGAAUUUUAAAUUUAAGGUAAAAAAAGCCAAACUGGAAAAAUUCUCUAAGUCAACUUUGCUGUCAGUUCGGCUACUUUGGCCUUAAAUUCAUUUUGAAUUCUCACUCUAGUAAAUGACCCCGUUUAUGUCUUCAGCAACACAGUAUUAAUGAAAGGCCUGUUGUGGAGGCAAAGAUGUGCCAAAUGUAAAGUUGGAUUUGCAUGUAUGUAAAUACAUAUGUAACCAUAUAGCAAAUACUUCUACAUUUGUGUUUGUAAGUUUGAAUCCUAAUGUAUAUGUGUAUAUGAACAUCUACACAAAGAUGCACACAGUAAUGUAUGUAUAUGAUAUCUAAUAAAUACAAGUGUGCUCAACAGCAUAGCAAGUGACACGGGAGAAUUAUGCAUACUAUGGGCCAAAUCCAUCUUGAAAAAUACAAUUGUGUACGCCUUUAAACUUCAUUUUUUACGUAAAAACCAAAAAAUUCUCUGUCAAGCAUAAUAACAAAUAGAUUUCCUAGAGUUAAUUAUAUCCAUAACAGAAUCGUAGCACUAUAUGAGAUGUCUCGCUCUCUUUGUGGAAGGGAUACAUUUUUCACCCGUAAGAAUUAAAUUAAAUUCUUACCUUCUUGCAACCGUAAGCCAACAUGUAAUUUGGUUUCUUGCUGUAUAAAUCGAAAUAACAUUUCUGAUUUAUUUUUUAAACUGGCCAUGGACAUUGUGUUUAAAAAUUAAUUAGCAUUUUCAGUCAUUUGCAAAUGUGUACAUCUACUGAUUAAAAAUCUGUAAAAGAAAGACUUGAAUCGCUGCACACUAUCUUGCCAUUACGGACGGAUUACUGUGGAAUAAUAAAAAGAAAAACUACAAAUAAUGUACUUGUUUCAUUAUUAAUUUU